CCCCCGGCAAUCGCCGCCGACUGGAAGCACGCCGCCGUCGUCGCCGUCAAAUCGGUGUGCUCUCAGUGUUGUCUUUGCGUGCGUACAACGCUUACAUACGCGGCCGGCCGUGUUCCAAUAACAACAACAACAGCGGACAAUAUCGUCGCAUACGCCGUCGCGCGAUCGGCGAAAUAACCAAACGUGUUCGAGAAUUAAUAAUAUAUCGUAGUAAUUUAUAAUCCCGCGCGUCCGCGCACCGUCACAACGGCCGUGUGAUAAUAAUAUUUAUUAUAAUUAUUAUUGUUGCCCGUUGUAUAACAGCGUAGCGCUGCGGAUAUAAUUUUUUUCCAUAUAUAUAUUUUUUUUUAUUAUUAUUUUUUUUUUUUUUCUCUCCGUUCAAAAUAUCCGAUAUUACGCGUCUUGGCGCCGCGCGCGUAGGCGACGGUACGACACGACACACGAAGCCCGCAGGCGUCCGUUCGCUUCUUACGUAAUAACAGUACGGUGACGCGCCAUCGGGGUGUUUUUUUUUUUUUUUAUCUCUGUUACCUUCCAAAGUUAUUAUUAAUAUUUUCACGUUCCAAUAGCCGGCUAAAUCGGCGUUUCGGUGGCGGCUGCCCGAGGCGCAUCAGCAGCAGCAGCAGCACAACAGGUACACGACCGCCGCCCGUGUGUACCGCCCCGUACCGCAGGAGACCGUCGACCGUAGUCGUCGCGAGUGUAAUGCGCUCUGCGUGCCCGAAUCUGCCGCUGCGACCGUGACCGUUCAUGUAGGAUUUUCAAGAGUCCGUCAAACGCCACACGCCGCGACUGUUCCGUCGACGAAGUCUCCGUCGAGGUCCAUGCGAGGACCGUCACUCUCCCGCACGCCGCGACACACGUCAUCACGCACGCUUAGGAUCUCGUGAGUAAAAACAAUUUUUUUUUUUUUCAUCGCCUCCCCCUCCCCCCCUCCAUCCGUGUCGGUUGAGUCGUCGAGAACCGCGGAAAAUGCCGGCCGCGAAGAGCCGUCGGCGGCGGUCUUCCGGUGUACGCGGAAACCGUCCCCGCGCCGUGGCGUUUUACAAUAUCGCUGUUGUUGUUAUGUGGCGGGCGGCGGCGCGCGUUAUCACCGCGCGGCGGCGCAUAAAGACAGUUGUUAACAGCGCGAACGAUAAUAAAUCGGAACACGCGCAGUUACGCCACAAAAACUCUCUCCUACCAUCACUGCAAAUAUAUAACAUAAUGGAUCCGUGUGAAACUAUUUCAUUUUCUCCGAGAAAAAAAAAAACACACACACACACACACACCAGUUAAUCGUAUUAUUUUUAUUAUAUUAUUCGUCGGCGCGCGUAUAUCAUUAUUCCUUUUGUGCGCGUUAUUACAAUAUUAUUAUCCGCGGCGGCGCAUUCCGUAUUUUCCACAGACACGCCGACGCUCGGCGCCCGCGGGUUCCGUACGAGUGCCGGCAAUCCAGACCGGCCUCCGGCGGUAGGUCCGCGCGGUGCGCCCGCAGGCCAACUCGUAACGCCGCGGCCUGCACCCGCGUAAUCCAAUCGGGGGCGUCCAGCAAUACGCACACGUCACGGCGGGAACGAUAAUAACGGCUCCGUCAUAAUGGCACGCCGGGUACGGGACCGGGACGCCCGUUAUUGUCGUUUGUUGAGUGCAAUGCGAUUGAUCGCGGAUCGCGGUCGCGUUUCCGCGCGUCGACGUGUCAACAUCCCGAGUAGACACCGUCGCGUUCGCGGGCAAUAUCCACCGUCCCGUCGUCAACGCGCGUCUUUCUCGGAAACCGUAGAAAACGGCUCGGGUCGCGGAACAGGUUUGUAUUAUUUCGCCGUAAAUAAACCGCGUGGGCAACGCAGCUUAUAGUUUGCGCAUCGUUUUUUUUUUUUUUCCCCCGUUAUUUUUGUUCCGUCGGAGCGUGCGUUUUACCGCAAAAUGGUAAAAACCAAUACAAAUUCAAUUAGAUUUCCGUCGGCGAACAAGUAUCGAUUUUUUUUCGUUUUUAACGGGUUUCUGUAAGACGCGUUUACUAACCGCGUCCGUAGCGUGCGGGUCGAUUGUUUUUUAAAUAUUUAAUUUCCUUUUUAAUUACAAGGCGUACUCGUACGCGACAUGUAUUCCCGUGUGUCAUAAGGCAACCGUCCCACAAACAUCGGAAGCAUCGAAUUAUUCGACUUGCGUAUAAUGUUAUUAUGUCACGUCUAAAAUCUAUCGUCGAAUAAAAUGAACGGGUUAUCAGGUACCCGGAAAGAGAAAUAAUGCGUUAUAGUGCACCUUUGGUCCGCGGGAAAAGGGCUCGAGUUAAUUUCACGGUCUUUUUAGAUUCGGAGCGUGGCGAGGGAUUUAUUAUUAUUAUUAUUAUUUUUUUUAAAAGAAAUAAAUUAUAUCUUCUGUUACGUUUUCCUCUUUAUUUUUCGAUCUUAAUAAUUGCACGCGCGUAGGCAAUAUUCUCACACGCGUUGCACUGCACGUUCAAACACUAUGGUGUACUUUUCGUCUGGCAAGAAAGGCGUGAGUUCAUAAUACUAUGAUUACAUUAUAAUAUGACUCGAGCCGUUUAGAACCGGCCGUUUAGGAUUGGUCGGGCCGUACAUAGCCCGUCUUCGCCGAGACCGAAGCUUCAGCCGUAUGAUCGUUUUCGUGUUUCGCGACUCUAUGAAGUUUGAUACCUGUGCGGGUUUUCGAUUUGUAUGCGUUUUUAAGAACUACUAAUAACUUUUUUUUUUUUUUCUAAUUACUAUUAUCGUGCCACGACGUUCUAAUAACGUUGAUAUUAGUAUUCAGCGCGACACGCCAGAUCCGCGGCCAUCCGUUAUAAAUCAACUCAUUAGAUUUCAUGACUGGUCGCCCCCCCCCCCCGAGUGUGUAGGCUGAACCCAUUGAAGCGAGUUGACGGUGCCGUUAUUAUGAAGUCACCCGAUGGCAACGGAUACCACCGCCGCCAUAGCCGCCGCGUUGGGCACAGUGCACAUUGUGCAACGAGAAUCAAUUUAAAUUUUUUUUAAACACUGUAAUCAAAACGAUAGUGAAACUAUCUACAAUGUUAUAAGAGCGUAAUAUACGCACCUACGGGCUUAAACCGGACACAAUCGGAUACUGAACGACAUUUGAACGAGCCACGAAAAUAUAUUCGCCGGCACCUACGUUACCAUCUAAGUACACCGGGUGUUUACUGCGCGACAAUUGGCGCCGAGCGUAUACGCAAUGCAAUACGGACUUGAAUAUUUUAUUCUAAUUACUUAUGUGCGUGUCGCAAAGCCUAAAAUGCGGUCGAGAUUUCGAUGUCGCGAGAUGACACUGUUAAUGUUGUCCCCGCCGAAUGCGACAACGCGUUUUCCCCCAUUUUCAAAUAAAAUAUCGUUCGCCAAAAUACACGCGUCUUUUGACGUGAAAAAACGGUGUAUGUUUACUCAACGAAAACAAUUUUUCCGAGAAAAAAAAAAACCGAGUUUUGUACUAUUUAGUCGUCUUAUUUUUACAAGUUUUUUUUUUUUUUUCCGAAGUUAUCACAUUCUCAGACGACCGAAUAGAAUUUCAUUUAAAUCGAUGACGUUACAGGCUGUAUAUUAUACAGACAUAUAGAUGUUACGCGCUUUAUCGAUUAUCGCGUAGCAAAAAGAACUUGGUGCAUCGUUAUGUCGCUGAAUUUGUUUGUACGAUAUUGUUUAUAAUAUUAUAAAUAACUGUAGUACACUUGCACUGUUGCAGUGAAAGAGAUAGUCAUUUGGCUUACGACCUUACGACAUUACCUCAGCGCUUGUGUAUUAUAUUAUAGGAUUUAAAAAUAAUCAUAAUUGCUUACGCAACAAUACAUACAAGAUGAAUCGUUUUAGCGCUGAAAAGGUAUCCCUCGGUAAAACUUAAAACACAUAAUAAAUUUAAGUGUGCAAACGUGCGCGGAUUAAUGUAUAUUUGUUAAUGCAUUUGGAAAUAACACUUAAUCGCCACACAACGCACAGUUUUACCUUUACGCCGCGUUACGACACUAUAUAGGUAUUAAUAUAUAAUAUUAUGUAUAGCUUGUAAGUUUGUACCGGCAACGCCAACAACCGCUUUGCAUUUUCAAAGAUUAAUUUGUCGCUUGAUAAGGUCAUUCGGAUACCUAAUAUUUGUAAAUCGUUUGUUUUGAAUAUUUUAUACUAUUUUGUGUUAUAUCGGUGUACCACUUGCUGCAUAAUAACGACGUUAUGCACUGUGUAAUAGCACACGCGGUUCUUCUGCCGAAUACGACUGCUACCGAUCACGCGAGGACAACGCGAAUUUUGCCUGGCUCAUAGCCACGGAUUUUGUCGCGCGAAAAGAUUUGGAUAUUAUUUUUCCGUCAUUCCUGUUAUCGAACACGUCGGAAUCGCGGUAAUCGGUGAACAUAAUAAUGUCUCUACUUUAUGACCGUAAACGACCGUAUGAUGACGUUCGUUCAACCGCAGACCCACGUUUCAAAAGUACAGGGUGAUUAUUUUAUCACGAAUACCAGCGACAAUUGUAUUGAUUUAUGGUUUUUUGAUCGAUGUCGAUUAUACCGAAGAACCGUUUGUUGAUCUUGUUUGCCAUUUUUUUCGCUCGAAAUUUUACCCAUAUUCCGUAUACCAUUGACGCACUGCCACAUCGACAUUCGAUGUGAAAAUAGACCCGCGUUUAUAAAUGUUCGAAUUCGAAGAGAGAAUGUUAUUUUUAAAAAGACAGACAUACUUCGCACGAUGGGUGAAUCCAUUGUUGUUGGUGAGAAGUUGGGAACGUAGGAUAUAGAAGGGAAAUUAAUUUGUAUCUGUAAGCAACGAUAAACCAUUGCUAACGAAAAAACGAUUAUGAGCUGAGUUCAGUUGAUUGUGUUACUUUGUCAAUGAUAUAUAUGUCAUAUUAUGGUAAAAUAAUUACAUAUAUGCAUUAAACAUUUUCUUUAAUAAUAUUUGUUUAAUAUUGUACCUAUUUUCCCAUUCACUUGGUUUUCCUCUGUUUUUUUUCCAGUUUUUCCCAUUUUUUAGAAAAAUCAAAAAAUUUCCUUUUUAAAGUACCUCUCCAGUCAAAUUUCCUUUCAGGAAAUGUGCUACACUUAAAAAUCAAAGCAAGAUUUCUGGUAGAAAAGUUUGCACAACGAAUCGAGAGGUAUUUUUCGAUUAAAAUGAUUCGAGCGAGCGAUAGCUGGGUCUCUAAGUACAUCUAAAAUUAAUUUGCUUCUUCCCUGUUUAGGUAAAAGGGGAAAAAAAAUGCAAACAUUUUUUUUCGAAACCAGGGUUUGCACUCAUGAGCCCUCGGAUUAUAAUGAAUACCUAUAACCAUUAUACUACGACGAUACAAAUAUAAUAAUUAAAAAAGACAAUAUAGAGUUAUUUAAUACAACAUAAUAUGUUAAUAUCAGAAUUUAAAAAAGCUAUAAUUUCGAAACUUAGUUAGUCCGCUCAAUUCUGACUUCACCAUCAUUCUUAAUUGGCUAUAAACAUAUUUAAAAAAAAAAAAAAUUAAAAACUAGAUUUUUUUCCACACAAUUUUUUAUUCAAACGAUUUUCGUCAAAAUUUGACACUAGAAUUCCUUUAUAAAAAAAAAUACAACGUCAAACUCAAUUUUUUUACCGACCACAAAUUAAGUCUUUUAAUGAACUUUUUGUUAAAUUUUCAAGAAUUUCUGUUAAGUCUUAACAAUUUUACCACAGAGUAUUUACCGAAUAAAAAUUACGUACAAAACUCACAAAAUUAAGAUGUCUAUAAAUAGUUCAAAAAUUGCUUAAAUGUUUUGAAAAUUUUACCAUGAUUAGAAAAGGAAAAUAUAAGAUUUCUGUCCAAAUUUCAAGUCUCUACAAAUAUUUUUAACUGAAUUAUAACAAAUAACAAAAUUGAAAAAAUGAUAAGCAUUAUUUUCGUAAAUUUCUCGUAUUUCUUACGUUUUUUCUCACUUUUUCCCUUUUAUUGGGAAAACUGCAGAGAAAAUAAAAAAAAAUGACUCCUCUAAAGUACCACCCCGAGAAAAUUUCCGUUCAGAAAAGAGUCUACAUUGUUAUACAUUGGAGCAAGAUUUUUGGUAAAAUUAUUGUACAUAGUAUAAAAAAAAAAAAAUUAACAUCUUCACUACACUCAGAAUCUAAAAUGUCGAUACGCAUAACAUUAAUAUCUUGUUUGUACACCUUAAGUAUGCAAAUGAUUUAUUAUAUAGAUACGAGUGGAUAACUGAUACACAUUUUAUAUUUAGACAGGAGUAAUGGAGUAAAGUUAUAUUAAACAUGGAUAAUAUGAAACGUAUCGCGACCGUACCUAGCGCAGCGGUCUAAAUUUUUAAUUUCAUUUUUUUAAAAUCAUGAACAAAUUCGCACAAGUUCUUCACAAAUAAUGGUCACGAUGAUUAAACAAUCACUCUGUACAUUUCGUGGAACCACCGCGUUUACUGUGUCUGAGGCGACUCACACUUAUACACUUAUUAUACCUACAUAAUGUAUAAAUGUAGACGAACUUCCGAGUGGAGCCCACGUCAUUAAUAAUAUUGUUGUAUAUAAUGCUAUAUACAAGAAUGACCAUUGCAUAAAACAACUAUUACCUAAUAACACACUAUGUAACAUUUCUUUAGUCUUUACAUUUAAAUCGACUCAAGUUGCACUUUGAUCUUAACGAUCGACGAAGGACGUUAUUACAUUAUAUUGUAUACAAUAUACUUACGAGUAUACUAGAUAUGAGGUAUAGGUAGUUUAAAAAUAUCCUUUGAUUUUAUCAUAUUAUUUACCCUCUUUUUUUAGUAGAUGUGAUAAAUAGUGCAAUGUUACUACAAGUUACAACUGCAGUUAAUUGUUAAGUAUGCAAUGCUACAAUGUUGUUCAUAAAACAAAAUAUAAUUUUGAAUUUUAGAUUCUGAAUGGUUUUAUCAAAGAUGUUUAUUUUUUUCUGUGGACAACUUUUUUACCAGUAAUUUCGCUCCAAUUUAUAAUGAUAACAAUUUUUCUAAAAGAAAAUUACACUGAGAAGGUACUUUAAAGAGGUCAUUUUAUGAUUUUCUCAACAAAUGUGAAAAACUGAAAAAAAAAACGGAGGAAAAACAAGAUCCAUUUUAAUUUUGGAAUUGGAAUAAUUUUACCAUAAUUUGACAUAUAUACUGUUAAGAAAGCAGCACUAUCGAGUAAACUCCGCACAGAAUAGUUUUCGUUAGCGAUGGUUUAUCGUUGCUCAUAGGUGUACAUUAAAUUACUUAAAACAGUAGCUGCACCCAACCCCAUUAUCCUAGGAUGUUUUUUUUUAUUUUAAGACAAUAGUUAACAUCAUUGUACUUAAACCGAAUUAAAUAACUAUUUUGUUUUUUCUUUGUAUUUUAAUCGUUUAAAUUCGUCUUAUAAUUUUUUUUUCAAAAACUAUUAGUUGUGUGAAAACUUAUACACGAUCAACAUAAUAUUAUAAGCAAUUCUAGUUGCAUAUUUUGAAAAAAAUGUGUGACUAUAUUAUAUUAGUUUAAAACUUAAGUACCACGUAUAAGAUUUAAAACUUUGUUGACUCAAUCUAUAUACAUUAAACAAUAAUAAACAGACAGUACGCAUAAUAUGAAUAAUGUAUUAAAUUGCAUAUGUAAAAACUGUCACGUUGUGAUAGGAUUUAUAGUAGAAUUAUCAUAUACUGAAACUGCAGGAAGUGCAGAAGAUCAUUUUUGUGAUUUUUCUUUCAAAUAAAACUGUAGCUUCUUAUCGAACACUCAUUUAGAGAGGAUGUAAUUUUAAAAUAUCUAAUAUAUAUACAUUUAUAGAUAACUUAGAGAACCUUUUUUUCAUCAUAAUACCAGGUUUUUUUUUUAAGUAUUUAUAUUUAGAUUAACUAUAGACUUGAUUACAGUAUGUUUUUAAAAUACGUGGAUAAGUUUAUAAACUAACGGAAUAAAAUUGUUUAAUAUAUGAACGAGAAUUUAAAUGAAACAUAUUAAUAAUAUUUAAUUGAUGCGAUAAAUAAGAGACUGUUGUUUUGUUUUCUUUUUUUUUUGGUAGGUACCUAUUUAAGAAAGUGAUUGAGAUUUACGGUUUUAUCGUUGAGAUGUUUGGUCGACCGUUUUAGGUAAAAGUUUUAUUUUCUAACUAUACGUAUUUUGUAUACAACUAGUACCUAAUUGUUUGAAAACAUCGGCUGCUUAAACAUUCGUGUAAUAAAUUUAUUUUCUUUCAAAUUAAUUACAACUAAAAUACGCAUGCAGUUUUAAAUUCCGGACGUGCAUACGUUAUAUUGCCCCGUGGUAGGUGGUGUGUUAGGUUUAUGGCAUUUAAUUUAAUGGGUCUUAUCGUAAAUUCGAUGUUAAGCAUAGUGUGACUCGUAAGAGGUGAAGGUCUAGUUAAAAAAAUGACCCAACCUAACAAUUACAUUUCAAAGUGGUUGUUAACUAUUUUUCAAUAACUAUACUAAUCCGAACAGACUAGUUCCAAUACAGAAUAAGCGAAAGGAAUAUUAUAUAAGUUCAUAGUUUAUAACGGUCGAAAAAUACACACGAUUUUAAUAAAAUUAUAAUAAUAUAAUAUUAUAGGAAAACCAAACGCAGGCACGUAUUAAGUUUACACGGAAUUAAUGAUAAAUUGUAUUGCAAGUUAUGUGCUGGAAUAUGUUAUUAUACUAUCGACUCUGUACACACGUCUAUAUAAACGAACGUUAAACAAUUUCGCAUGUAAAUAACGCUAAAAAAUAAUCACAUUCCUAUAUUUAAUAUCAACCAACAAACAAAAGCUUUAUAAUGUAGGUACGAUUUGAGUAAUUAAAUUGGAAAGUCGGCAGAAAAAGCAUAAUUGCUUGAAAUUCGACUGACAAUCGCUCGAAUGCGGUUUUUAUUUCCGCUGUUGAAAUUGUUUUUCCGAAUAAUCGAGAGUAACCCGUCCCCAGGACUUAAUUUGCUUAACCACAAACACACACACACACACACAUUAUUUAAUUAUAUUAACUAUAAGCAUCAUUGUCAAAAAAUCCUCCGUACCCAUAAAGACUGGUUUAUUUUACAUUUUCUAUUAUAAUAGACUCCCGAACCUUUCGUUUGCACACUAUAUGCAAAAUAUAUCAGUUAAUUAUUAUUAUUAUUAAAAUGAUAUAAAUUUUUAGUUAAGAAUGUUGUAAUAAUUAUGUACCUACUUACCGCGGUUGUUUAAUAACACUAAUCACAAAAUAUAUUUGUUCCGUGUGCACGUGCAUUUAUUUUAAAAUAAUAGACUAGUAAUAUACCAAAUGUCUGUGUCACACGUCAGGGGUGUUGAGGGGGAUGAUGGCGUCAUAUUUUCCUUUUGACCUUUGUUUUGAUGUAAUUAUCGCCUGAUUUUUGAUAUAUAUAUUAGUUGAUGAUAGUUAUAAUCAAUAUGCGAAACCGUCGUAGAAAAAUCGAAUUAGUUUUGUAAUAUUGUAUGUUACGUUCCAACACAACGAUAUACCUAACACGGUGUUUUUAAAUCUAAAAAAUAGUUUAGGUAAUAAAUGCAAGCGAUGAUUGGUAAUAAACACAUGAAUUGUGGAUUGUGCAUUCUAGAUUGAUAUUUUGUUUUAUUUUAUAAAAAUAAAUGGAAUAUUGAAAUUUAUAUCCACCGUCACAUGUAAAAGAACCGUGCACGCCACUGCAGUCUUUACUUAAGUGAUGGCGAUCUUGUAUUUUACGAGUAACGAAAUUCCAAUGGCAAUUUUAUAACUGUAUAUCAAUCAUUUCUGUUUCUAUAUACGUCGCGAUGCACCUACUUUCAUUCGUGUAUAGGUAUUUUAUAACCAAUGACGGUAUUAUACAGAUUGAAAAUAUCAACUUAACGUUAAUUAUUUUAUGUGAAAUAUAUUCAAGUUUAAGUUUUAAUGAGAAUAUUAUUAUUAUUAUUAUAUUUUUUUUUUUUGUUGGGCUUUAAAUCAUUAUUGUUUCUAGUAUAAUAAUACUAUGAUGUAAACGGUUCACAUCAUGACGUAUUUACAAUCAUUUUCGAGCUCGUUUUUAUUUGGUGACCUAUUUUUUAGCGAUCGAAGCAACUUUUACUUUCUAUAUAUAUAUAUAUACAUACACACAUAUAAAUUUGUUUUUAUACGUAUUGACCAUCAGAUUUUACAAUAUAUUUUAAAUGCUCAUAAUAAAUAACGGUGUUUGAUUUUUGUAAAUUUGUGUUUCGUGACAAGGUUUUUAUCUAUUUAUAGCGAACGCCGUACGAAAAAUCGAAAGAACGAUGUAUUUUUUUUUUUUAGUUGUUAGAUUUCUAGGCAGCUAUGCGUCGUGUUUUAUAAACAACGUAAUAUUUUCGUUUAGCGAUAUUUGAAGAUGGCACGCUGGAAUUGUUGAAGUAACACCGGCCGUAUUUCUUUACCGACCGGUUAAAUCUUGUCGCAUUUCGUGCACGUUAUAAUAACAUAGUUAUAGAAUAUGACGUGCGAUUAACCCGCAGUGAUUAGUGCGGGCGGAUACAAUAUACGUACGAAACGAAUAAUUUAAAAAAAAAAAAAAAAAAGUAAAAGAAAUAAUUAUGGGUAGGUACGCGUCACUUACGACCGUGUUCGACGUCGUUUUCUGUGUCGACAUCCUUGAAAUCGCGGUUUGACCUUAUUUAUACGGAUUUACAAGACGGUAUAUUGAAUAAUAAUAAUGACGACGACCGCAGCCGCCGUCGUAUUAUCGAAAACUGGUUGUUGAUUAAGAGUUUUGCCGGCAAAUUUAGACGGCUAAAGUCGCGGCUGUAGGUCGGCCAUUGGCUAACCUGCAAUACCUGCGCGAGCAACGAUCAUGCACGUCCAGGUCGUCGUUACGCGGUUUUCGAACGGUAGGCGCACGCGGAUUGACCGAACGAGACCGCGGGCCGCGCGUGACGCGUACCGCGCGAUAAUCUGUAAAACAAACACGCGCCCGAUAAUUGCCGCAGCGGCGGCCGGCGCGUUUACAAGACGUUUUAUAUUGAACAGGCGCACAUCGGGCCUGCAGGAACGGUGCGAAAUGAGUGUUGGGUGUAGGUGUCCGAAUAGGUAAUCCGCGCGAUUUUGUACCCCCGUGUUGCGGUUUUAACAGAAGCGCAGUGGCGUGCCCGAAGGGAGGGGGGGAGUGGAGCAGAGGUUCGGGGUUAUAUCCCACCCUCUCCCAUCGGCUUAAAAACACAACAAAAUGUGAAUAAUCCAACGUCGAAAUUCAUAAAUUUCGAUCGAAUUCCGAGAAAACGCUUGAUGUAGCGAUUAGAAAUUAGCUUUACUUUUAGGAUCCGGUUUUUAAAUUGCCGAUCCCCAUAGCCGAGUUGGGCAGAGAAGGCGAUUUUACUCCGUUUUCACGAUUUUUAUUUGUCAAAUCCCUUCCCGUCGGAAAUUCCCGGGCACGCCACUGCAGAAGCGUUUCAAUAUUACAGCGACGUUUUGGAUCUGAACAUUCGGUCAUCACAGUCUUUUCCACAGUUCCUGGAGAGUAAGGCGACCACCGAAAGCCGAUCGUCCAAUCAUGCCCCGCAGUGGCGUGUGUGGGAAAGGGGCGAUCGGGCUCCCAUCCUAUCCGCUUACAAAUCCUACGACUGUGUGUGUUAUGCAUAUUUACUGCGAUAAUAAUAUCUCAAUCAAUUGAAAUGCAUACGUUUCGGCCGAGUCACAAGGAAAAGCUUAUUGUUUAUUGAAUUGAAACGGACAACUUUUUUUUCUUUCACGAAGCUUUUAAAUUCUUACCGAAGCCGGAUUAGGCGUGGACAAGAUUCAACAAUUAUUAUUUGUCCAUGAUAGUUAUAUACUCGCCGUAUUUCCGUUUGACGUUUCUGCAGGGUACGCUGUUGAUUUCUCGUCUGUUUUCCAUAUGUCCGCGCCUGUGUGUCGGAGAGUUUUGCAGGAAUGACACGGUGAAAGAGGGGUAGGGGUGUAAUGGUCGCGGGCCGAGUAAUAAAAACGCGGCGCGGCGCGGACCGCGUCAUCAUCUCUCCUCGCGCCAGAAACUCGAGAAACUGGUCGACGACGUCGGACUCGCUCGCGACCGGACCGAAGGCCGGCGGAUACUCGCCGAGGAUAUCGUCAAAGACGAUUCGGACGGACGUCGCCGCGACCGUGUGCAUCAUAAUCAUUGUUCUGGGAAAACCGCAUAGUGUUCUCAGCGUGCGCGUUCCGAGAAUUUCUGAACGGCGAAUUCAUUAAACCAGCCACACAAGGGUAAACGCAGACAAUUUAAUAAAAGUAUCCGUGACGUGACGAUGAUUCGAACCAGUGCUUCUUUCGACACCAAGUGUCCGCCAGAAGAAAGACCGUCGGCGUGCGCGCACACGCCGUACAUUAGUCGGUACUCGUCCGUUAGGUUCCGUAUACCUCUGUCGUGUUUCCGCCACCGACACUUAGUCGCGUUUAAAACGCUCGUACGGUUUUUAUAAAAGUGAUUUUUACAUAUUUCACACGCGACUCGUGCGCGGUUUUCAUUACAUUAAUUACGAGUACUUAUAUUUCGAUUGCCCGAUUUAAUUUUCUAAAUUAAAUAUCAAUUGUAACGGGCCGGUCGUUGUACCGCGUAACUGUAUAAUAACAAACUUAUACACGGCGGACCGUUUGGUAAAAAUAAUCCAUAGACCGGACAUAUAUUUACUUAUAUUAUGCGUUUUUAAAGCGUUAUACAUAAUAUUUCGUCAUUCGUAUACAGAUUCGAGAAUUAAAGAACACCCCUACACUUCUAUUGGACCUCGCAGUAAGUAGUAUUCAUAUUUUAUCGGAUCUGAUGUAUUGCAAACACGGAGUUAUUACAUGUUAAUAGGUUGCUUUUAAACUGAACUAAAUACAAUAUAUCUGCGUCAUGAUCGUCAACAGUCGGGUCUUGAUUUUUAAGAUUGAAUUAAUUAAAAUACUAAGACUGAUGAUAUACUUUAGUAUUAUAUUUGGUUCUGGGCAGACGAGUGAGGGGCUUAUAAGUAUUCAAAUGCUACGUGUUUUAUGUACUAAUCGCGGAAUUCUCCGUUAAAAAUAUUGUAAAAAUUGUGUAAACGUUAAAAUUUAAGUUCAGAUCAUUAACCGCGUGAGAAUUGCAAGGUAAUUGUUUAAAUAUCGUGUUUAUAAAACGAACGAAAAAGUAAAUAAUAGUGGAAAAUGAUAAUAAAAAUAUUUUCUCACGUAUAUAUUAUACGACGGUUACAUCGAAAUUUAAUUAGAGUAUAGUAACGCAUACAGGGGGAUGAAAACGAAAAAUCUGACAACACAUUAUUCAUAGCGUACCUACGAACAUACGAUAAACGAGCGAAAAUUUUACAAGGUAUUUUUCGAUAUUUAAAAAUUUGUUCUCAAAUUAGGGCGAAAACCAUUUUUCCAUCCACUUUGAAAACAAACAAAAAACUGAUUAUUAAUUAUUAUUGUAUGUUGCCGUCGAAAAUAUAGGCGCAUGAAAAAUUUGAAAUUGAUCUGACCACGGGAAGUGGGUCAAAAAUCGAUUACGGUGGGUCUUGAGCAUUUUCUUCGAGUUCAUAAUAAAACGAUACGAUAAUAAAAUAUAUUAUAUAAUAUCCACGUUGGUAUUAUCAUCGUAUAGGCACUGUUCUAUGAGUAUAAUAUUAUAUUCUAUUCACACGAAAAGGCCUUACCAUUUACGAACGAUAUUAUUAACAUUAUGAUCACACACCGCCGCGCCGCCGUCUCGAGCUGGACGAAAUAUUUUGUACGCUUAGACCUACCUAUGUAAUGUUGUAUGGUGGCCUUCAAGGUACGGUAUUAAAAAAUAAAAACUUAUGUAUCCUUGAUCUGAAUUAGAAUCCUAUAUUUAUGUUCCCGGUAUGAUGUAAUAUUAUUAUUUUUUGACACGACACAUCAUCAUCCGUAUUUUAUAUCAUUUAUUGUAUUGUGACUUUGUGUCGUUCAUUUUAUUUUAUUAUAAUGCGUGUUGUACGUGUAGUACGCAGGUAUUGGUAGAAGUGCUGACCGUCAAAUUAUACAGCCUUAUAAACGAUCGUUCGAUCGUUAGAUUUGUUAAAAUAACAGAGAAAUACACCAGCAAGUCCGUUUGGAAGUACGACGGUGUAGAGCGGAUGACCGCUGCUGCAUUCAUAUUAUAGUCGCCUCCUUACUCGCGUGGACCGUCUUGAUGUACUUCUGAUGUAUUAUUUUUUUCGACUACGAUUUUGUGUUUUCAGAUAAAAAUUUCAAGAAUUUUUAAAAUCUCCGUUUAGAGGUGUAUAGGUAUAUAACUAUGGGUACCUACUAUAGGUAUAACGCAGGUUUAAUGACCGGUCACUGUACAGACAUAGAUUUAAAUUUUAAGUGUAAGUAUGUAGGCAUUUAAUUUGUUUACGGUUCGUUUUUUUCGACCAUGGGAUUCUGACCGAUUCGAUGUCGCUAAAAUUUGAUUAGUUCAACUACCUGUAUGGUAGUAUCUAUAUAUGUUGUACUACUUAUUACUAUACAAUAUUUCUAAUAUAUCCGUGUUUUAUUAACACAAUUAUUUUGCUUACACAACAAACAAGGUAAUUACCCUAAUAAUAAUAACAAUAAUAAAAUUUUAAAUAAAAGUGAAGGUGUAAUGAUUAUAAAGAAUUCGGGUGUUGAACACUCGUUUCGCUUCGUUCGGUAUAUAUACGUAUAUUGCAUUAUUAUUUAAAAUUCAAAAUCAAUAUUCUAUGGACUAUGGUAUUUCAAUAUUGGAAAAUAUUCUAGCUGGUGCGGAUUUUAUUACAGGAUUAGAUUGGACAAAUUAUCUAGUAUUAUAUUUUAGAUUCCGAGUGUAUCGAGUGUAUAUGUGUUUGAUCAUAUUAUGAUGCGUUUUUUUCUCUGCCUGUAAAAAAACUUUCUACCUGAAACCUUGUUCCGAUUAUGAAGUUUAGCAUUUUUUUUUUUUUUUUUUUUUUUUAUGUUUUUUGUAGUUUUCUUAAAAGUUUGGAAAAACGGGAAAUAUUUUGUUGAAUUUUCGUUUAAUUCCGGGUUACCACAGAAAAGAAGGAAAAUUACACGGCUAUAAUGCUACUAAUACUACUCUGCUAUUAGAUUCGUUUUUCCGUUUACAUUAAUUUAUCGUUGCAUACCAUACGUAAACUAAAUUUCCCUGAUGUGUAUACUAUCUUCCCAACUACACACUGAGAAGUAUUACCUAUUUAAAAAUAAUAUAUUGCGUGUAACAAAUAUUAUGGAAUUAGUAAUUUUGUAUUUACUCACUUCGAAGGUCUUAUAAAUUUAAUUAAAAUAAACAUAAUGAUGUCGUAAAAUGUCAAUGUAAUUCAAACUUAAAAUACACGUAUUUAUGAGUACCUAAGAAAAAAAACCCACUAAGUUUUUAAAUUUUAAAAUAUUACUGUUAAAAUAUACAUAAGAAGUCGUGUAAUACAUUCAUUUAAGGUUACCUAAAAUUCGUAAUUACAAUUUUAAAUUGGUUAUUGUAUAAUAAUAUAAACCAGUCGAAUUUAACCAGUUAAAUAAUAAAUUGGAUCCAGAUGGUACUUUAGAAAAGAUAAUAUUAAUUUAUUCCAAUAGGUUCCCUAAUAUAGUACAGUCUAUUUACGAGGCCGGAUCUAAGUAUAGAUCUCCGCCCUCAUUUCUGUUUUUUUGUAUACAUAUAAUUAUUAAAUUACAGUGAAAUAAUGUAUAGAUUUUAAUUGAUAGUUUUGAAUUUAACAAAGGAAAAAAAAAAUUAGAAAGAGAAAAUAUUCCGUGAUUCUAUAAUCACGAUAAUAGUGUACAAUGCGCAGUCACCGUGGUAAAAUUGCGAGUAAAUUGUCCAUGCCUUAUCUUAAAAUUAUCAACUAUAAUGUUAAUUUGAAAAUAAAAAUUAUUUUAUCAAAAGUGAAGUGGACGCGUACAUUAGUGGUGGGAAAAAUCCGGAUUUUCGGAUUUUGAAAUUUUUAUCACAUCACUAGUAUACUUAGUACAUACAUAUAUUGUACACACACAGACACACCUAUGGGGGGAUAGUCACUCACCGAUUUUUCCAUGGAUUUUUUGUGUCCGCUCCCUAAAAAAAAAAAUACUAAGUACGUCAAUGCCCCUGAGCCGUAAAUUACAAGUACCGUUAAUUCGAACAAUAAAUUAUAAAUAAUUAAUAAACGUAGUUUGUCAAAGUAGGCAAUCAAACAUAAAUUUUCUCCGAGUACGAAAACGGUACGCGCGAAAAAUGUCGACAAAAUAUUGUCGGCAGUGGCGUAGCCAGGAUUUUUUUUUAAGAGGGGUGUUUUUAUUUUGUGUUUAGAUGUAACUUUGUAACUUUUUUGUGCACAUGUAAUACACAUAACAUAAACUUAAUAAUUAUCUACAUUCCAUACGUUACAUAGCACAUCUCGCAGAAAUCUGAUGCAUAAUUGCAUAUAGUAAAAAUUAUAAUUUUUGUCAUAAAUAAAGCCGAAGGGGGAUGUUUGGAACACUGAAACACCCCUCCUCGCUACGCUACCGAUUGCCGGUAAAAGGCAAAUAAGGUAGGUAUUCGUUUUAAACAAAAUCGGUAAAUAGAUUAGAUGUACGCACACGUUCAUAUUUCCACGUUAUAUUGUUGCUCUGUCUCUAACCGGAAUGAUUUUUUUUUAACGAUAACGAUUACGUUCUUUCAGUCUAAUGUUUUUCACAGCAAACGCCUCGAGUUUCAUUCGAAUAUAUUCCCCUCCGUGACCGGAUACUUUUGUCCGGAAAAACCGUCGGACAUUCCGGAACACUGUCCGAAUAGUAUUUAAUGUCUAAAGUAGUUCGGACGCGGUCGGCUGUAUUCGAAUAGUCCGGUAGCACAACCAAUCAGUGGCGCACAACCGUUUAUUAUGACUACUGCGUUAACGAAUAGACCUGACACACAGUGCACUAUUACUGUGCGACAAUAUGCGCUCGCGAAUCCGCAAUAAUAUCGUAAACACGCGCUGAUCAUGAUGCCAUAUAAUGUAAUAUUGGACUCGUGGAGUCCUGCGGCUUGUGGGAUUCUGGGCUCGGUUACCGUGGCCCGUGCGCCGGCCACGGUGUGGGAAGUGAACUGAAAAACCGCCCGCGGUAUACCGUUCACAGGCCGUACGCUGUCAGCUUGUCGAAACAGUAUUUGUGUUACAUAAUGUUAUACACACACAUAUACGUAUAUAUUUUAUAACAGUAAUAAUAUUGCGAAAAUAAUAAUAUUUAAAUCAUAUCGGCGGCUUUAAAAUAUUCGUUUGUUUUACGUUUUUUAUUUAUUUGUUAUUAUUAUUAUUAUUUUUUUUUUUUCAUCGAAACGCCAUUGUUAUAACCAGUGUAUUUUAAAUCGUUGAGAAAAACAGCCUAAUAUACUCCGGGUGUACAUUUUACUAUACUGUCAUACCGAAUACUUCAAAACGGAACGCGUGUGUUCGACAACGCAAUGGCGUAUAUUAGGCAUACCUGCGUUAUAAUAUUAUUCGCACGUUUUUUGAUGUUGUUCUACCGGUGUUAGCUAAUUCUUCGUAACCUUGGCUCGUGUUAUACAUUAUAUCGUACAUAAUAUAGGAGGUGCGCAGGUAUAGUAACGCAGACACGCCGAAGAGGAAAUGUAAAAGAAUAUACCACCUGUAUCUAUAAUGGCCGGUCGCGUAUACAUGAAUACCACCAGCGACGAGUUUUUUCACUUUCAAAUUUCGAUUUAUUAUUUAACGUUUCGUCUUUAAAAAAUAAAAAUAAAAAACCCAUUUAACAUCCGAGUAAUACAAUACCGUUAUACAUUGUAUUAUGCGUUUAUAACGCUGCGUACAUUAUUUUAUAAUAAUAAUAGUAUAUUAUGAUAUUAUUAUGUCAUUGAACGGUUUUUUUUUUUUUUUAAUAAUUAUUAUACAAACAAACCGUUUGUAUUACAAAGAGGAUUAUCCGUAUUGUUUAAUAAAUACAAUAAUCUUAUCUAUUGUUACACUAUAUUGGUGCACUGUAAUAAAUCCGCCUCGUGAUAAUACGUGGAUAUAGGUACGCUCACCCAUCCUCUAAAAAAAAAUCACCCGAUGGAAAAUAUAGUUGGAUACAUAUGAAUUAUUUAUUAAUUUUAAUUACAAAAUAAAAUAUUUACAUUAUUAUUGUUUGGAAUCGAGCGUAAUAUUUUCAUUUAAAAUGUAUAUGUUAAACUCUUUAUGUAACUACAUAUUAUUAUAGUCAUCAUUAAAAUUUGGAUUUCUUAAUAUUUAAAAUUGUACGGUACCUAUUGUAUAGGCAAACAUUUUUAGUUGAUACCUGUUCGUUCGACUAAUUCUCAGUUUGUUAGUGUAUUUCGAAUGUAUUUUAUUCAACAAUCGUAUUCACCUGUAAGCAGCUCUUUAUACGGGAUUAUUCAAAGACUUUAUAUAAUGUAGCCAAUAUAGGUAUUGGGUAUUAUGUUUAAAGAAAUAAACUCAUUAUACCGUUAUUACUAAAGACACGAAUACUAUUAUAAUACACGUGUGUUGCACAUUUUCGUUCGAAACGAAAAUCAUUAUAUCGAGCACGUAUUUUCAACAGCAGUGGUUAAGUAUAUACGUAAACAAAUGUUUAACGCAUAUAGCGUUGUGCUAUAAUCUCUCUAAAUUAGCAAAAAAUUGCGGUUCUUUCGUCCUACAAUCGCGGUGGAGCUGUAUACUGUAAUAGAUUCGGUGCGUAUUUAUCCAUGUAAAAUCUUAUCAUUGGAAAUUGUUUAAAAAAAGUACCACUGGGCAAAAAUUCCGCAUCUUCUGAUGUAUGGCGUGAAAAACUCUGAGUAUUUUUACUAGCAGAAAAAAAUGUUUUCCGAGAAAAAAAACCAAACACGUCAUAAUGGUGUUAAGCUAUAUAGUUAGAAGCUAUGAUAAUAGCUCGUAUACGGCGUAAUUACAUCAUAAUAUUACUAUUAUCUAUCUACUUAAUACUAAUAUGCAUACCUAUAGGUAUAGACGGUUAAACGGACAUCUUUAUAAUAUAUACGAUGAUGAUGGCGAUAAAACGAGAGGGAUAGAACGAUGAUGUUAUAAUGGAUAUAUGUAUACUGUAUAUAGGCGGAGGGAAAGAGAGAGAAAAAAAUCAGUUCACAGUGAAAGUUUCGUCCUCUGCAGGUCCCGUACACACUAUACACAUACACUACAUAUAUAAUGCUAAACGAGCAUACGUAUACACCACUAAACGCACACACACACACACACACACACACAUUUACAAAGAACACAUAGAACACACACACAUAUUUUUACGUCGAGCGCGAACUAUAUGGAAUUAUUCCGAUACAAGACCAGAAUGGCACGCGUGAUAGCUGACGCGUAACACUAUUGUUCAGCGAUCCUGAUGUAAUCAUCUCGCGGCUACAUGUACGACGUAUAAUAUUCGUGUAUAAUAAUAAUAAUAAUAUAUACCACUUUCGUUUGAAAAAAAAUAUAAUAAUAAUAAUACUUUCUCAAUGCCACCUCAAUGCACUUCUUAUAUAUAUGUACUUACCUACCUGCCUAAUACCCAUAAUAUAGAAUAACAAUACGAUUUGAGAACAGACUCGUCUGCGUCUGCUGUCUCAUGCGAUGUUGUUAUUUGAAGGCGAAUGAUCUAUUCGCAACCGUGUGAUUCUUACCGUUUUUUUUUUUUUUUUUUGUUGUGCAUUAAACAGAAAAAAAAAUGUUUAGCUUCAAAUAUUGUUACUACAUUUAUAGCCUUAGGCGCGAAAUCAUUAUAUGAUCCAUGCACAUAUUACAAAAAUUCAACUAAACGAUACGUCUGUUGGAUAUAAACAUAAUUAGAUUAUGUUGGAUAAUGUAUCAUGAUUUUACGAAUAUAGAUGCAAAGUUUUUCAUUUAAAUACAUGCAGUUUAUCCCUGGCAUAAAUUUAUAACUCGGCAAAUAAGAACAAACAAGAACUGAUGAGAAAUGAUAAUUGUACAAAUCGGUAAAAAAUCGAACACUAAAUCCGGUAGUAAUUUAAAUGUCAACGUUGAAAUUCGAAACAAGAUCGUACAACAAAAUAUUAUCAAACUAUUAAGUUUUGGAAUGUAUAUAAUCAUUUUUAUUGAACAUCACUGAAUUUCGGAAGACACGCUUAGUAAUUAUAGUCCGAGUAUGUUUAAACGAUAUUUUGAAUUAAAAAUAAGGUAUCUAUUAUUUGUUUCAGUACAAAAAUGACAUUUAAAAAUGUAUAUAUGAAAAAAAAAAUAGCCAGUUCAUUGGAAUUAGGUAUUUGAUAUAUCGAGUGCUCCUCGUAAGUUACAUGAUACCCAUGAUCACUCGGGUUGGUCACUAUUGGUUGUUACUUGUUGUAUAGUGGAAAAAUUGGAAAGGUAGGAUAUAAUGUAAGAAAAUUUAAUUUAUAUUAUUUGCAAUGUGAAAAAAUUAAUCCAUUGAUAACAAAAAAUAUUCUGAGCAAAGUUUGGUUUAUUAUGUUAUGGUAAACCGAUAGUAGCAAUGAUUGGAAGUUGGAUAGUGCAGAUAAUUUCAAUUAAAUUGCCUUAUUUUUGUACUGUAGUGUUGAAAAAAAUUUUGGGUAAGUACCUAAUUAUUAACAAGUUAUUAAUAAAUUGUAUUUUGUAUUAGUUUAUAAAUACAAAAUGAAUUACAACAGUCCGUGUUUUUCGUAUCAGAUUUUUAAGCAUUUUCAUAGAGCCAAAACAAUUUUAUUUACGAUAAUCAAGAAAUAGUACCUACAUAAAAUGUCAUGAUUUUUCGAUCUCCGUUAUAAUUUGAAGUUUAAAUACUUAUAAAUAGAAUCGUGAUUGCAUAUUUUGCAAAUGCUUUGGAUUACGAUAAAGUUCAACUAACUGAUAAAAUGUUUUUGGUGGGACUGAACUAAUUUGACCACCGACUAAUUGAAGUACCUACAUCUUAUCUCACACUGUUGGAAGUAAAGAUAAAAUCUUAUUAAAUUAUACAUUUAAUGAACAACAAAUUUAAUGGUUAAAUGUAGGCAGGCAGUGCGUUGAGUCGUAUGAAACAGUUAACCGUUGUUGUUUCUAAAUUAAUUUACAAACGUCAUUAGAAUGUUAAGUAAUAUUUAUAUAAAUGUUGCAUUAUAAAUGAAUUAAUUUUUACUGCUUUCAUAAAAGAAUGAUGGAAAUAGAUAAAUUUGCUUGAUGCAGAACGGAAAGAGGGGAAGGUGAAAAUUUUGGGGAAACUGCAAAAUAGCCAGGGGAGAGUAAGCGUUUCGGAUCUACGAUAGUCGGACGCAGAGAAAAGGUCGGGAGAAUAAAAAUGAAAGCGGGUGGCGAUUAGUCGUAAACGUCAAAAUUCAUUAUUAUAAAUAGGUACCUAAAUUAAAAAGAAAAAAAACGCAUAAGCAUCAGAAUCCCGUCACUAUAGCGUCGAAUUUUUCUCAAGCUAGUUAGCUAAUAAUUAUAGCGCGUAUGAUAAUAAGUUUAUCAUCAUUACAAUGUUGCAUAUUUUGUUUUACUAUGUUAACGAAAUUAAAUACUAUUUUUUUUUUGUCAAAACAGAAAAAGUAAUUCUCGUGAAUUUCGUUAAAACACAAACAGACGGUGGGAUCGGAGGUUGAAAAUUCAAAUCUUCUCAAGGCAGAUUCUCGACAGCAAUUAUAUUUAUAUUUACAUAUUUUAACCAAGCUACUUAUUUUUAUGAAUCUGUAAGGGUAUUUAUAAUCCGUUAUUUCCCGUGAAGACAUGAAAUCUGAGCAUACAUAAUAUGGUCUUUGGAGAGCGUUGAAAUUUGAAGCCACCAAAACGCACAUUCUUGAUACUUAUACUACUAUGUUUAUAAAACGUUUCGUCAAAAUUCUGGUUUCAUUUGGACAAUUUGUAGGGCAUACAAAGUUAAAAGAACACCCUCCUACUAUAACAACAUAGUAAAAUUCAUAUUGAAAUUCGACUAAAGUUGUAUCACUUCAAUCCACCUAUAAAACACUAAUAUUCUCGAGUUUGAGCUCUUUUGUUUAAUGGGUACCGUUCAAAGUGUCAAAAUGUUCCGGAGAAAAAAUAUAUAACAGACACAAUACAGUCCAAUUAUUUCUGUUUACGGGGAAAAUUCGAUAAAAACUAACAUUUUUGUAAUAAUAGGAGACUAACAUAAAAGAAACCGACGAUCAUAGUAAAAUUAAAACAGAUAAUAUCCCAAAUGAAUAUUUGUUGAAAAGUGUUAUUAACAAUUCGUUACUAUUGCCAUUUAUCAAGCAUAAUUGUUAGGGUCUAAUGUGAUUUAUAAUUUAUUAUAAAUUUAAAAUACUGAAUUAUGAACAUAUAAACAAUAUUCAAUAAAUUUAAAGUGAAGGCGUUUUAAUAUUAUAUACUUGUACGUGUGUGAAAGUGUAACCAUAUUUCUAUAGAAUCUUCAUGGAUUCGUGAAGUUUGUGGUCACCUAUAAAUUUUACUCGUGUUUUUUCGUAAUUUCUCGUAUUUUUUAAUAAUAAUAAUAAUAAUAAUAAAACGUGAUAUUUAAGCCAAUAUAUUUUCAUUUCUUUUUCUGUUUAUUAAAGAAAAUAAUAUGUAGACACUUUUUUUUCUAAGUACAUAUUUUUAUCGAAUCAAUAAUUACGGUCUAAAGCGUGAUAAAUAUUAUAUGAUUUGGCACAGUUCCAGUACAGUUCAAGCAGUUACUAUACUACGCAUAUUGAUAUAGGUAUAAUUUUUGAUUCCAGAUCAUACAAAUUUAUAUAAUAUUAUAAGUAUAUUGAUUUUAAUUCAUUGGCAAUGAAACGUUCUUGAUGUUCCUAUAUAUAAAAUAUUAAUAUUAUGUAUAUUGAUUUUAAAUCACAGGUAAUCAAGUGAUUCAAUUCAAUUAGAAAUCGCUUUAGUAUUUUAUACGUUUAUUUUGAAAUAGCCAACUGUAAUAUUAUAAUACUGUAUAAUAUAAACUGUAUUAAUGUAUAGUAUAGGCGGUGAAAAAAUUCGACUUUAUUGGAAUAUUUAAAUAGUAUAAGUUAAUUUCGAUUAAUUUCAGUAAAUGAAUAUCCAAUCGUACGUUCCUGAUGUUCCUGUAUACAAAAUAUUAACAUUAUGUAUGUUGUAAUAAUUCACCAUAUAACUGCAAAUAUUAUGUAAAAUUAUAAUAUAUCAGUUGUAUAUAAUGUAUAAUCAAUUUCCAUAUUAUAUUCAGAAUCCGAAUAUAGUUGAGUAAUAGUUGAGUAACAUGCUUGUAGUAUACUAGAUGAUUAUGCAGAUGAGUUUAUUAGUAAAUCUAUUAAGGUAUUUAAACAAAAAACAAAUAUAAAAAAAAAUCUAAUCGUUUAAACAAUAAAGACGUGUUGGUUUUAGGUAUCGCGGCGAUAGGUAAAUGAACACGAUAUCGUGAUUUAAGUCCAAUAAACUUGUACACACAUAAUAUUAUAAAUUUUAAUUCGGAUCGUGUCUAUAAUAUCACAUGUUAUGCAUUUCUAUACCGUAAUAAUACUUUUUUGUUUGUCAACGUAUUUUUAAUCGGAAAGUAUAUAUAGGGUCGAAAAAUGGCUAACGCACGUUUGAAUGAAUAUUUUAUUUUUUUUUUAUAUAUUUACGUUGAAAAAAAAUUAUUUUUGUUUGCUAUGCUCCGUAAAAAUUUACGAACAGUGCCUAAUACGUAUAAUAUAUAUUAUAUACAAUAAUUUGGUAAAUAUAUGACAUUUCAUUCGAUUUGAUAUCAACAAUGUGAAAGUCUUUUGUUUAAAAAAAUAUAUAUAUAUAUAUAUAUUAAUGAUUAAUGAUUAUGAUAAUAAAACUAUGUACAUUUAUAGUUGAAAGAUAAAAAGUGAAAAUUAUAAACGUACCUAUAUUAUUGUAAUAUUAUUAAUAAUAAUAAUAAAAAUAAAUAUAAUUUUAUACCAUAUAAACUUCGUAUAACAUAUAUAUUUUAAAGAGUAUACAAAUUAAUCCGGUGAUCGUAUUUACAAUAUAUUUAGACUGAAGUCGUUUUUUUUUUUUUUUUUUUUUUUGUAGUACAAUUUAUUUUGCAUAUUAUUACUAUCUAUGGGAAUUAUUGAAACGUAACGGUAUUGUGCUGCAAGAACAUAUUAUCUGUCUAAACCUAGGUAGUUAAUUAUUACAAAAAUAAACGUUUGUUCCAUAAUCGUUUUCAUAAAUAAUACUCAUAUUUUAUGCUUUUUACACAUUUUAAUUGAUGUUUUUAGAACGUGAAUAAGAAUGUCAAGAAGAAUGUUUGUGUAACUUUAAAAUAUUGAAAGUUUUUUUUUUUAACUUUCUAUUCUAAACGGUUAAUGAAUUGAGUUUAUUAAAUAAUUAAUAGUAAGUACCUAUAUGAAAAGCAUAUAUACUUUAUUGUUUAAAUGUAACUGUUUAGUGUUUCUAUCAAUUUUUUAUAUAUAUAUAUAUAUAUAUUUAUUUGAAUAAUCAAAAAUUGUCUAUACUCACACCGAAAACAUUAACAAUUAUACGAAAAAAUUAUUACAUAUAAAUAAGGUAGUAAUUGAAAAAAAUAUUUUGUCAUUUCGUUGAAAACAAUAAUAGAUUAAACUGUUGUAUAUUUUUUUGAGUAAAGGUCAGUGGCAGAUUAAAGAGGGCGAGAGUGCUCGGUAAACUUCCCUAAAUCCUGUACAUGUAUCUUUUAGUGCUUCGAUAACGUGUUUUUUAUUGACGUAUGUGUUUAAUAUUAUUAUGAAAUACAUUGGAGUCUUCCCCAUCCCAAAUAAAAAUCCUAAAAUCGCCACUGAUAAUGGUAAUCGCACUUUUUCCAUGUACGUAUCUAUUAACUAACUAUCGGUCGACGUGUGAAAAAAUGUGAAAGCUCCUUUUGAUCAUUCGUAUACUAAAUGUGUAGGUUCUGACGAUCAAAAAAUAUGUUUGAACUAUUCUGAACUCGAGAUCAAAACAUUCUUUCAUCUUGUGCAGCGUAUACGUAUAGUCAGAAGUGUAUAAAUAUAUGUAUUUUUAAUGACAAACAACCCAUAGAUAAAUGUAAUAUGAUUAGUCAUUAGUGAAAAUAUCUCACAGUAAAUUCUACAGGUAUAGUAUAUCAACUUAUUGGCUAUUGUUUAUAAUUUGAAAAAGGUGGACAUAGUUCACACCGCACGGGUAUGCCACUGUUGUGUAGGUGGGAACUUUGAAAGGUUUUGAAUGUAGAGUAAUUUAGUUUAUUUACUGAAAGUAAUGAUAAAUCAUUACGAUCAAAAACCGAGUAUUAGCGAAGUUUGGUAAACUGGUAAGGUUUGUCAUCAUCACGCACACCUUAAAAGAUCUUCAAGGCCUAAAACUGGCACCGACAAAUUCCUCAAUUCUUCUCUAGCAUAAUAUGAUACAGAUUCUGUGUUGUAUACCGGAUAUAUUUUAAAAUAGCUAAAUAAACAUAAGAUAUAAUUGCUAGAAGAAUUAUUUAGAUACAGAUAAAACAUAAACAAUAUAACAAUUUAAUUAUCCAGCUAUAAAUAAAUAAUCAGUAACUUUUUAUUUAGAGUUUUAAAAAGUGUUUCAAGUAAAGUACUUAGUGCUGGGCAGAAAUUUCGCACAGAUUCGAUACGGUAUGAAAGACAUAUGAAAGACGGUAUGUAAGAGUCAGACAAUUUUUACUGAUCAAAAAUAUGUUUUCCGAGAAAGAAAACACAUUUUAGUAAAACCGAUACUUUUUUAUAUGUGUCAUCCCUCCCAACUUCCUUCCUACUUCUACAACAGUGAUCCAUCCAUCAGCAGUAUCAGAUUCAGUAUCAGUCAACAAUAUAUGUCAUAUUAUGGUAAAAUAAUUAAAUAGGCACUAUAUAUUUUCUUUAAUAAUAUUUAUUUGAAUCAUAUAUUCUUUUAGAAAAAGUGCUAUCAAUGUAAAUCGGAGCGAAAUUGCUGAUAGAAAAGUUGUCUACAGAAAAACAAAACCGUAAUAUUUGACUAAUGUAUUUAGUGCAUUUUCACGUUUUUUUUUUUCCAUUUUUCAUGAUUUUUUCCAUUUAUUGGGAAAACUCCUGGGAAAAUCAAAAAAUGACUUCCUCAAAUUACCAUAGAGAUAAAAUUUCCUUUCAAAAAAUAAGCUACACUUGAUACAUCAGAGCAAGAUUUUCGGUAUAAAAGUUUGUAAAACCAAUACAUUUUUCGCUAUACUCAAAAUCUAAAAGCUGUCAUAGGAUAAUGGGGACGGGUGCAGCCACUGUUAUAAGUAAUUCAAUGUAAUCCGUAAGCAACGAUUAACUAUUGUUAAUAAAAAAACGAUUCUGAGUGGAGUUUGGUCGAUAGUAUUGCUUUGUCAACAAUAUAUAUGACAUAUUAUGAUAAAAUAAUUACAUAUGUAUUAUCUGUUUUUUUUAGAAAUAUUUGUUUAAUAUUUUACCUAUUUAAUCGUUUUUCCUACGUAUUUCCCGGUUUUCCAUGUUUUUUUCCCAUUUAUUGGGAAAACUCCUGGGAAAAUCUAGAACUAUAAAUUAGAGCAAAAUUAAUGGUAGAAAAGUUGUUCACAGGAAAAAAAAAGACCAUAAUAUAUUUUUACUAAUACCUACAUUUCGAUAUAUUUUCCCGGUUUUUCCCAUUCGUUCAGAAAACUCCUAGGAAAAUUAAAAAUUGUCUACCCCAGUUUGAUUUCCUAUCAGGAAAAAUACUACACUUGAAAAUCGGAGAAAGAUUUAUGAUAGACAAAUUGUUUACAGAUAAAAAAAUAAUAAUAAAUUAACAUCAUUGCAAAACCAAUAAAUUCCUCGCUCCUCUCAGGAUCUAAAAUAUGUAUAAUUUUUGUUCUACAGCGUUAUACAAUUUCACGAGUAUACGUAUUUUGAAAAUUUGCAUUCAUAUUACAUUCGUAUAGAAGAUAAUUACUAAUUUAUUAUCUAUUUUUUGUUUUUAAUGAUUUAUUCCUUUGUGUGCACUUUUCAAUCAUUUCUCGAGUAUCAUAUUUAUUAUUUUAUGCAUUCUUACCGUCCCAUCGAUUCACGUCAAAAGGGUUGGAUAAACAAAUUACAAUUUACGUCGGUUUUACUAUACUGCACGUGUUUUAAACGUUUUUUUUUUUUUUAUACAGUAGGUACACCUAAACGAGAUUUAAUUAACUAAUAUUUGUGCUUAUAUUGGAAAAUUUCAAUUUUUAACUUGUGUAUAUUUGCAUGUUUUACCCCGACGGGUAAAACAUAUCACUGGGCACAAUAUCAUUUCGUUGACAAUGAUAAGCGAAAUAGGUACAAAUACGUCGACGGCCGGCGCUCGGCGAGCGCCCAUUUCAAUUAGCGAAAAUGUUUAAAACCGGAGUAGCGUACUAGAUUUUUAACAUUCCCAUUCAAGUACAUUGAGUACCUGUAUCGUCGUUGCCGACAGUCGUAUUUUAAUAAAUAUUAUUGAAAAUAUUAAAAAUCGUACGCGUGUGAUAUUGUCGCAUAAUGUGGCGGAUUAAGUGUAUUUAAUGAGAUAAAUAAUCUAUCUAACAUUAUCGCGGGCUCCGACCCGGUUUUUUAACGACUAGAAAUUUGUUUCGGGGCCUUUAUAUUAUUAUUAUAUUGUAUAUCAUGUGUAUGAUAUUUGCGUAUAACGCGCUGUGGCUCGUCAAAGUGAACGCGCGCGUGUGUGUAGACCAUGUAUCGUGCAUUAUAAAAAUGUAUAUAAUAAUAUACAAUAGUAAUUAUCGCAAUAGACAUCAAUAUUUCAUAAUGUAAAAACUGGCGGAAAAACCGUUCGAAUUUUCCGCAACGGACCAUAACGGUGCUGCGCGGCCGAAACACAAUAUGCCAAAAUAAAAUAUCCACACUGCGGCUCGUGCGCGCACACGCAUACAACGGACAAGUGCCUACAAUGUAGGUGUAUAAUGCACGCCUAUAGUAAAAAAUAUACACUGCACAGCAUACAUAAACGUGCAGUACGACAAACAACAAUAAAUUUAUUAUACACCGCUAGAACAGUGCCUAUAUACAACAUUAUAUACGCGCACAUAUACACACCCGGGUAUUUCACAAAACGAGAUUAAACAUAAUAAUACGUGGUAUUACAGACGACGGGGUCCACCCGAAGUAUUGUAAAAAAAAAAAAAAAAAAAAAAAAAAAAAAAAAAAAAAAAAAAAUAAUAAUAAAAAAAUGUGGUAAUUGGGCUACGGCGGCGGCGUGAGCUGAAAAACUGGUAGCGGUUUUUUCCAUUUUUUUUUUUUUUUACAGCGCCUUCCCUCUCGCCCCUCUCCUCCCACAUUAUCUCUUCCAUCAUAAUAUUACACUAUAAGGUGACUCCGUUCUAUUCCGCCGUUCCUUCUCCGUUCGAUUCCGAUAGGUAUUAUAUUAUAUCUUAUGUAUACAUAUUUUUAUUAUACCACUCCGCAGUCUACACGUAUCGCCUACCUAUCUACCUAUAUAUGUAUCUCAUGCGGUUAGACUAGUCAAGGUUGUAAUGGUCACACCCAAGUAUAUACACGUAUUACAGAUAUACCUAUUGCAAAUCCAAUAAUAUAAUAUAUUAAUAACAUAGUACUAAUGAUAAUAAUGAUAAUAAUAAUAAUAAUAAAAACGGGUUUCUGGACCGGGCUGAUUAAAACUGGUGUUUGGAUAUAUUAAUGUUGUUACAGGAUUUUUAUAUUCAGAACAUUGUUCCCGUCGCCGUCGCCCCGUUAAUAUAUUACGAUUUUCGGUUAACGAUAUUCUAAUACAACCUGCAAUACAACUGCAAUACGACUUCGCAUAAGUAGCGGUUUUUGAUUUACGACCAAUGCAAAACGCACGUUACGUACCUUUGCAUAAUCCGUAACAUACCAUUCAGUGUAUAUCGCAUUAUGUUUAUCAGUUUAUAUUUAAGGUUUCAAAAUCUAUGUACGGGCCAGUGAUCGAAAUAGGGAAACAAACGAGGACGGACGCUGGUUUGCUAUAGCAAAUAAAUGUUACAGCAAUCGGUAGGCGGUACUCUCUGCACAAAGUAAAUUAAAUGAUUAAUUUCAAUAUGGAACAGAAAAAAUAAAACGUCACAGUAAAACCAUUAUUAAGCAAAAAAAAAAAAAAAGUAAUUUCUUUAAUUUUAGUGAUGCUCUCCUAAAGAAAAAUUUUGUGGACACUGCCCCUAAUAUGAGCACGAAUUUGGGCUAUUUGGAGAUAAAGUUCGAAAAAUUUAAACAAUAUUUUAAAGUGGUUUAAAGUAUUUUAAAAACAGGAGUGCAUUAGGCCCUCCGUUCUAGAAAAUAAUCGUCCCAAAAAAUUCAGUCGAGAAUAUAAUUGUGAAAAAUGCAGCAUGGGGGCGUCCAAACUUCUAAAACCUUUCUAUCAGAUACGAUAGGUCCAGUAAAUGUUCUGAAUUUAUCAUGGGAUAUUAAAAACACAAAUUUUCGAUUAACCACUAAACUUGAUUAAUCAAUAAUAAUAAUAUCAUAAAUAAUGUAAACAAUAAUCAUGAUUCGUGAAUUAAUCGUAGAGUCGUCUUCUGUUAUACUUAACCCAUUAGUCAUCAAUAAGUAUUUAAAAGACAGAUUAAAAAAAAACUAAUUUGUAUUCAAGGUUUUUUUUUCGUGUAACUUGGCUAAAAUAUAUAAUUUCAUGAUAAAAUCACUAAAUAAACACUUACCGAUUGUUGGAUUUAAUGCCAAUGGUGGGGGGUAGUGGUAGGGGUUAUAAACCUCCUUGUGCACGACACCGUCUUUAUUUAAAAGUAUAUUAUAUAAUUAUAUUACUUUGCACCACCGACGAUAUGACCAUAUUCGUUACGAUGAUGUGUUCAUUUCGUUAAAAUACAAGAAGUACCUUAAUAUUAAAACAAAUGCAUAAUGAUUUGGGUUUUUUUUUUUUACAUUUCAUACUUCAGAAUACUAAUACAACAUAUAUUUAUGUACUUAUAGCAGUUUUAAAAAUUGUUCAACAUUAAUACGGCAGUGAUUUAGUUAUUGAUUCACCAUAAUAAUUGUCAUUAUGUAUUCGACAACAUAUUAUUAUGGACCGUCACGAUUCUUGGCAUAACCGAAAUAUCGACUUUUUUACCAUAUAGUAUAAUUUACCUAUCUUAAUUAUGCCAUACUGAUCAAAUUCAUUUUUUUUUGUUGUUUUUAAGUGUAUUUACUCGUCGGGACGUAUAUUUACAUAAUAUGUAUUUGUGAUUACAAAUACAUAUUAUAAAAUAAUACACAAUUAUUCACGAUGGUCGUUUAGUCUUUAUUUAUGGCGAAAUUGACUUUCAUUGAAUUUUACGCGAAAUUCGUUUUUAACACUGCUGUUAUUUAAAUUUAUUUGACAAUUCCAUAUAUUUAAAAUGUGGAAAUAAUUGGUGUAUUUAAAAUUAACUACUUCAAAUGUUUGAUUAUUUUUGUUAAUAAUUGUUAAUACUUGGCCGAAUACAAUUUUAUUACGUUUAAACACUUUCAUAGAACUUACCAUAAAUAGAUAAUAAAUUAAAGUUACUAUCAGUUAGACUUCACUUCCUUUAAAUAAAAACAAAAUAUAAGAGAAUAAAUAUAGAUCAGUCGUAUUUGUAAUUACAAGUAGGUAGUGGGAUGGAAGAUACAAUUGAUUAUGUAAAUUAUCAUUAUUGCAAUACAGUUUUAAAACAGCCGUGCGUUAAAGUAAACAUGUUUAGUGGCGUAUCCAGGGGGGGGGGGUUAAGAUGUUAUAACACCUCCCCAUUGCUUUAUUUUUUAGCUAUAGGUAAGCUUAAGAAGAUUGUAGAACCCCUUAAAUCUUCUUAGGUACCUCUAAUCAUUGAUAAAUUCUGGCUACGCCAGUGAAAAUGAGCCUUCGUGAUCCUUAAUCAGUGCGGCAGUGACCGAUUUUUUUUUUUAUAUAAUAACUAUACAUGAUCAAUAAUAUUUUCAAUAGAUUUCCAUUUGAUAUUAUUUGUAUAGUUUGAAACAUAUCUCGAGUCGCAUACGGCUCAAUGAAAUAGUCUUGUGAAUUUUGUUUCAACUUUUAUCAUAAUAAUAAUUAUGUUUUAUUUGUUUCAGACUGAAAUGAGACGGCUCAAAAUCAUAUUCAUUUGUAAGCUGACAAUAUGUAAGUAAAUUUGAAAAUUUAAAAAUUCGUUAUUAUGUAUUAUGGGAUAUUUUUUUUCGAAUGGGUUUUUGUUCACUCAGAGUGAUUAUGUUUUUUUGAACACGUUUUUUGUUUUAGUAAAAAAUAUAGGUACAUUGUCAAACAUUAUUUAUUCUAAAAAUUAUUUUGAGUAUUAUUUAUUAGAGAAAAAGAAUAUUUGUCGAAAAAUUUCGAAUCAAACAUUUCCUUAACCCGAUAUGACAUGAUUAUACAGUGAAAUCUUCCUGUAACGAACCCUUGGGGGAAAUUAUUAUAAUUGUUAUCCAGUAUAAGUGGUAUGUUGUUACGACAUUGAAUUACUCCAUGGACUAUGAACUGGUAUAAUAUAAGCAUUGUUGUUCUACAGAUACUUUAAAAUUGAUGUCCAUAGAGAAGUUUUUUCCUAAUGGAAGGUAUUAUUUGUAGCCUGCAGGUAAUGAUUUAAGUUAUACGACGUUUAUUUAAAUAGCUUGUUUAUGCUUGGUUUCGUUGUAGGAAUACAAAUAUUCGAUUUAUAAAACCGUUUAAGUAUUAAAAUUUUAGAAUAUAUAAUUGUAUUAAUAUAAUUAUUAAUAAAUGUAUCAUAUUUCUUAAAGGCUUCUGAAUACAUUUUACUUAUAUAGGAAGAACCUUGAAAACAGUAUCGAUGCGUGUUUAUGAAAGUCAUUGUAGCAGGGCGUUGUCUGUCUUGACGCUAUUUAAUUUUAAUCAAUGUCUGCAAAAAAUAAGUGAUAAUCUAGCGGUUUCUUAAGAAAUAUCGAUUUUUUUUUCUUUCUAUCUUUUGAAUAUUACAAAUCGUUUCGCGGGACGAACAAGAGAAUAACACUGAUAAUAGGUACCUACCUAUUAUAUACAGUAAUUUUACACCUGACCAAUAUUUUAAUUGUUCAUUUUUCCUACAAAUCGUUAUAUAAUUUUGAUUUAAUAUCCUAUGCUUAUGUGGUCAAGUAUAGGUACAAAUAUAAACAACAGUUAUGUACUUCGACUGGGUAUUAUGGUACCUACUCUACUUAUAUUAUUAUAUGGUCAUUGAUUAAAUCUACAUAUAUCAUACGUUUGUAAUCUCGAAUCUGGUUUAUAAAUCGCGAAUAAAUGCAUUCGUGACUAUAUGUCUCUUAUUAUGAACUGGUUGACGCAACCGAAUAAACACCGCGGGCUAUUGUCCUCGUAUGCAAUAGUAUGUGACAGAAUACAAUAUUCUGUAGCUGAGACACGGCCGAUUAUUAUUCUAACACUGUUACUUGGCGUCUUGGCUGGGUGUUAUCACUGGGUAACCUCCCUAAACUUAAAUUCACCUUUAAUUGUAUUUUUUCUUUGUCUUUUAUCAAACCUAUUUAUUGUACAUAACUAUAUAGAAUGUAGAUUACUUUCAAAAAAAGAAAAAAACCAUUGUUACUUGAAUGUGUAUUAUAGGUAUUAGGAUUCUUCUGAAAAUUUAGUAUCGAAAAUCAACAACGCGUACUCGCAUAAGUACUAAGGUUUUUUUAAAACCCCUCUCAUCAUAUAGUUUUUUUUUCGAAUUAAAUAAAAUACCCGUGGAUAGCAAAGUUCUGUCAUUAGGGUCAAAUAUACUCCUACCCCGGCUAGUUUUUUUUUUUUUUUAAAUGUAGACAUAUUGUUUGUAAAACAAUAAAUAACCUAAAAAUGUAAUAGUACAAUACUAUAUAUACUAUACUAUUGCAACUAUGUUAUUUCCAAAAAAACAAAGUGGUGAAAUUUGAGCAUAAAAAUCGUAGAGACGGGUGUGGAAAGUUUCCAAAAGACAUAUUGUUGAUACUAACGUCAUAUGUAUACAAAAUUGCAUCCAUAUAAGGGAACGGAGUCAAUAGGGAUGUUCAAACUUUGGUUGGGAAGUUGUUGAGUGCAGUCCUGCGGAGGUUUAUAGGUAUUGAAAUUCCCUUCCUAAUGAAUACCUAAAAUACCAUUUCCUAAAAUUCGGACUUAGGUAUUUUUAGUAUUAAAAUCGAAUUAUUAUUGUUGAUUUAUUGGCUACCUUAGUAAUACGGAUGAAAAAAAACAUUGCUGUUAAUUUUUUUAUUGCAAUCCCUGUGCUGUGUGGGUAGGUAAUAACAUAUUUUGAUAAUUAAUCCAUUAACUUUAUUUAGAAACUUUUUAUUGUACGGACAAAGCCGGAUGAGACAUUUUGUAGUUAUAUAAUUACUAAUAUUAUUAAUUUCUAAAAAAUACAUCUUUAUUUGUAUCUGUAGAAUAUUUAAACCAAAAAAAAAAAAAGAUGCCUAUAAAAGGAACACAAAUAAAUGCUUACUCGUCCCACACAUCUCUAUAUGUUAAUGAAUUACAGAUAAUAACAGAUUAAAUACAGAUUAAUACUAUUAUUUUUUUAAAUUACUUGUAAUAUUACAGCUUCUGCAAUUUAGUUAAUUUUCAUAUUUUAUAUAGGGUGUCCCACGAAUAUAUACCCAUUACGAUAUCUCCUAAGAUAAUAAAGAUAACCAAAUUUUGUUUUUUUUUUUUUUUUUUAAAUAUUAAUCGCAGGGAUAAAAACUACAAACAUUUAUAUUUGAAUUAAAUGUUUAUAUUUUAACAAAACAACCUAAAAAAAUAACUUUUUAUUUUAUUAUUUUUGAAAAAUUUAAAUAUUUUUUUUUUUAUAGAGUUUAUUCUUCUGAACAUUUUGAAGUAUCAACUUUUUAUUUUCAUUAAAUUGAUGAUUUCUAUUAAAUUUUUAAAUUUCCGAGAAAAUUACCUAUAAUUAUGCAACAGGCUAUAAUCGCAUUCGUUAAUUGAUAUUGUUAUCAUUGACUGUACCUUCACUUUCUUUCUCUGAACUUAAAAAGUUUUUUUUAAUAAUUUUUUUGCCAAAACAAAAAAACUAAUUGAAAUAAAUAUAUUUGUCCUUGUCUCUGUGAAUAAUAAUAAUAAUAAUGUAUAUAAAAAAAAAAAAACAAAAUUUGAUUAUCUUUAUUAUCUUUGGAGGUAUUAUUAUGAGUAUAUUUUCGUGGUACACCCUGUAUAAUGCGUAGAAAAAUGGAAAUUGAAAAUGGAAACUAUAAAACUAUAUCGAGUAUUAAAGAGUAACAAAAGAAAAAAAAAAAAAAUCGAAAAAUAUUUGUCCAAAUUGAAGUAAUAUUAUAUUUUUAGAUGGUACUCUGAUCUAUAAAAGUAGAAAUUUAAUUAUAUUACGUUAUGUAGUAGGUAUACGAGGUAUACGAGACGUGUAUAUACAAAUUGUAGUGUAAAAAUGACACGUUGCAAAAUAUCGUAAAAAACGACGUCGUAUACGUAAUAUUAUUUACUCAUAUAUGAUAUAUAUAUAUAUAUAUGUAUCCAAUCUUAUAAUAUAAAAUCGGUACCAAUAAGAUGCAUAAAAAACAAAAUUCCUUAAUGAAAAAUAAAAAGUGUCCUUGAAUAAACUUUUUAUAUUUUUUAUAAAGCGUGCAUGACUCCAUUAAUAUUAUUAUUUUAAUAAUAACAAUAACAAUAAUAAUAAUAACAUGAGUAUAUAAUGAAACGUGUAUUCAUUGCAAUGCGUUUUUUUCUCUACACAUGUAAUUUAUUCAAAAACUGUUCGGAUCGGAUUUGAAUGGUUUAUACCUUUAAGUAUUAAUUUUUUUUAUACGUGCGGUUCUUUAUGAUAUCAUUAUGCAUUCGAUUAACCAAUGAUUGUUGCUCGAAUAUGUUAUUGUUUAUUUCUAGGUACCUAUAGGUACUGAACUAGGUACUAAAGAAAUGUAUGGCCGUACCUAUAUAGUUGAAAAAAAAAUCAAAAACAUAAUUAUAUACUACUAAAACACGGAUAUUAAAAUUAAUUCAUUAUAAUAAUUGUUGCCGUGCGAUUAUUUCUAGGUAGACACUGAACUGCUAAAACAAUUUAUGGUCAUACCUAAAGCUAAAACAAAAAAAUCAAAAACAUAACUUAUACAAGAUUAAAAUAUGGAAAUCAAAAUUAAUUCACUAUAAUAACUGUUGCCGUGAAUUCGCUAACAUAAUAUUAAUAUAAUAUUAUUUUAUAAAUUUAAAAAGCCGGAUGUACUUUGCAUCAUGGGCAGAGACGUAUUUACAUUAUUGGUGCUCUGGGGCACUGUAUCUUUAGCUUCGUUUCAUAUAGGUAUGAACAAAUCUGUUUAUGACACACUGGAAUUCACACUGCUCACUUUAUAUUUUGUGCUCUAAAACAUGCAUUUUAGAUAUUAAAAAAAUACUACUAUUUUACCGUGUUUUAGAAGAUUACGACGCCCCCUCCUAAGUAUGUCCCUACGUCCUUGAUUAGGGUUAGGCCACUGUGAUGCAGUGGCAUAUCUGGAGCUUAAUCACGGAGGGUGUGGUUUAAAAAUUGCAAUAUACCACAAAAUAUCGCGAGAGGUUUCCUCGUUCCCAAAAUAAGCAACAGUUAUUAUUCUGUUGUUUUUUUAUAUUUUCUUUCCUUGGCAAUUAAAAAAAAAAAAAAAAUAGUUUAUAAGUAUAAACUGUAAUUAAUAAUAAUAAUAAAAAAAAAAAAUGAUUUAAGUUUAUAUAAUAUAUGUUACGAUCAAAAGCCGAAAUCGGACAAAUCUCAGAAACGUGAAAAAUUUAAAUUUAUGGUCGUUACAGUUUUACCCAAAUGAUACUGGUCACUGCUAUACUAUACUACUAUACUAUAGAUUUGUCCGGAAAAAAUUCGAAAUAUGACGUUUUGCACAAGUAUCGUGGGCAUUUCACGUUUUGCCCGGGCAUUUCUGAGAUUGGCGCGAUUUCGGCAUGUUUUAAACACAUUCAUUUUAACAACACAAUUUUGUGUGAAUACAUUAGAUCUUAAAUAAAUAUAAUUUUUUUAAAUAAAAAUAUUAAAGUACACAGUACGAAAUUAAUUGCGUUCUACACGAAUUAGAAUAUGUAAGUAUUGUUUUAGAGUUGGUAUCGUGUUCACAUUUCCUUACCGAUGCGUCGAUUGAACUUUAAAUGUAUUUAUUAUACAACAUAACAAAUUGAAAAGUGUUUGAGAACUUUAAAACGGGGCAAAACUUCUUACUAAAAAAAAAAAAUUAUAUUACGAAUAUCUUAACACGGUAUAUAUAUAUAUAUAUUUAUAAAAUCAUAAACAUAAAUAAAUCAUCGACCGGUUAGUAUUAGAGCCACUGAAGUAAUAAUAAUAGGUAGGUACCAAACACAAAUGCCAAUACACGUGUAUCCUGUGUACAUGCUUGACACCCACAAUUACAUGCAUUACAUGCAUUCAUCUAUUACUUUAUGAAAGUCGAUCGAUUCGAAACUUUCCAUUGACGUCGCAUAUCGAUAUUACGUAUAAGUGUAGGUUACCAAUAUUGAUUCGUGAUUACGGUUGUUGUAUUAUUUGGCAACAGUUGUAUCGGUGAAAAUAAUAAAACUAUCAAUUAGAUACAUCAUGUAGUAGGUAACCACAUUAAUUUUCAUUGACUAGGGAAUAUUCCAGUACUGCAUUAAAUAUAGAUUAUGUUUCUAUGUUUUUGUUUUUUUAUGUUAAUUUUCCUUACGAAACUACACACCGAGAGUACAAAAAUAACUCAUCCAAUGAAGCACAAUCGCGUGUCUAUGAAUUUCCAAUGAGAGGGCAUGUAAUUACUAGCGGAACAAUCACGGUUCACGAAUAAAUCGUAGAAUCUUCAUUUAUUACACCUAACUCAAAAAUGAGAAUUUAAAAUCCGGAUCAAAAAAAAAAAACAAUUCUUAUUCAAUAAAUAAAACUUGUUUCCUUGUAACGUAUCGUUUUCUGAUAAAACUACUAAAUACAUACCCAUAGUUAUUGUAUUUGUAAGCGAAUUAAGGGGAGGGGAUAUAAUCCCGAAAGCCCCUCUCCCUGCGCACGCCACUGCGUAUUAAAUUUACUCGUACAUAUAGAUUGAAUUAUUUGAUUUUCUAUAACACGUAAGUACAAUUAAAUACAUUUAUGUUUGCAGUAUUCAAUACGUGUAGUUAGACCAUUAUUUAAUAAUAUUUUAUGCGACGAUUAGCGUUUGGAUUUAUGAUAGUAAAAAAAAAAUCCGUCAUUUAAAAAAAGGGUUAAUGGCCGAAUAUAGGCGCGCAAACAAGACAAAAAUAUCAUAUACUCGUAAAAGCGAUUCGGUCAAUGUAGUAACAAUAAUAGUGGUACCUACUUGGAUAUUUUAGACGUUUUAGUGAUGCAUUCACAUGUAUGGGCAAUACAGGAUUCGAUCGAGGAUCAAGGCAAUAUUAUUUUUUAGGUAUCAUAAUAUUUUAUUUUUGCAAGUACCUACUCGUAUAUAACAUAAUACCUAAAGAAGAAAACUAAGUAGAAAACUAGUAGAAAACUAAAAAUAUCGAAAAUAGCUCGAUCGAUCGUAAAAAUUUCGCUAUAAACAGAUUAUUAGUAAAAAUUUCAACAUACUAUCACUUUGCCAAUGUUGUAGUUAGAAAAAACUUUUCAUACAAAAAUUGUUUAAAAAAAUAACCACCCAGCACUGAAGAAAAAGCGAUUGGAGUUGCUGAUUAAAAAAAAAGUAAGGUGUACACGCAUAUGUGUGUACCGAAAGUGUUAAGUAUUUGUGUUUUUUUUUUUUUUUCUAAAAAUGUGUGUUUCGAUACUCGAAUAUCCCGAAAAUUCCAUUUAAAUCCAAAGUCAUCCAGCUGAAAUAUUAAGUGGUACCUCCCAUUGUCAAUCUACGGUAUGUAGAAAAAAAAAAGUUACGUCAUCUCUACGCUCGACGUCUGGACAAAGCAAUGUUUUUCGGCGCCCGAUUACCAGUUUAUUAUUAUUAUUAUUAGCAGUAAGCAAUAGUAGUAGCAUAAGUAGUAGCAGUAGUAAGUAGUAGUAUGUUGCAAUGUCAGGUUUUGUCCAGGAAACGUAAUAAUAAGACUCGAUAGCAUGUGCGUCUGGGCGUAUCCGAGCUCAUGGGGUUUUUAAAACUGGUUCGUUGCAGUAUGUAUUGGUAUGGUGUUACCUACUUAUAUUCAAUUAAUUCGAAACAUUGACAAUCGAAAACGUCGUAUAAUACGCCAUCGCCAAUAACAAUAAGACUACAGUGCAUUAGGUUUGCCUAAUAUUAAAACUGUAUGCAUCAUGGAAUCAAAUGGUAUCUAAUCGAAUGAUUAUUCGAUUAGAUACCCGAACUUUGCUGUUCGGUUUGAAAUCAAAAUCAAAAUCGACCAUCUAUAUCAACAUUCGAUUAUUGUUUAUUAAUAUUAUCUUUGAGAAAAUUCUAAAGCUAAACGAUUGACUAUUUUUUUUUUAAGUUUUUUAAAUAAUAAUAAUAAUAAAAGAGAUGUCCUAGGAUAAUGACGACGAGAGCAGCCACUGUUAUAAGUAAUUUAAUGUAUACCUGUAAACAACGAUAAAUUAUUGCUUACGAAAAAAUGAUUCUUAGUGGAGUUCAGUUGAUAGUGAUGCUUUGUCAACAAUAUAUAUGCCAUAUUAUAGUAAAAUAAUUAAAUUGGCCGUAUAUAUUUUCUGUAAUAAUUUUUGUUUAAUGUUUUACCGAUUUCCCCGGUUUUCCUGCGUUUUUCCUGGUUUUCCCAUGUUUUUUCACGUGUGCUGAGAAAACUCUUUAGAAAAUCGAAAAAUGACCACUCUAAGGUACCUACCCACACUGAUUUCCUUUCAGAAAAGAUGCUACACUUAAAUUUGGAGCAAGUUCUCUGGUUGAAAAGUUGUCCGCAGAAAAAUAAAUAAAUAAACAUCUUUGUAAAACCAUAAGCUUCUUUGCUCCACUCGGAAUUUAAAAAUGGUCAAAAAAAAGUUUGAAAACCACUGUACUAUACACACAUAAUCGAAUUUCGUACCAACGCUAAUACCAAGACUUUUAUAGAUUUAUUACAAUAGACUUGUGUAGGAGUUCCAUAAUUCUGCAGUAUAGACCACAUACCUGUCUAGUUAUGUGAUAAUGAUAUUCACGUAAUAAUGCGUAAUUUUAGUCGGAAAACAAGUACAAGAAAUAUAGGAACUACAGUUUUUUUUCUUUUUAGAAAUAUCUUGAAUUUUAACAAGAUAACAUUGUUAAUUUAAAAUAAUUUACGAAAAGAAUUAACCAACAUUUUUUUUUUUAUAUUCUAUUUUUAAUUUUAUUUUUUUGAAACUAGUUAAGUUAAAAGUUAUCAAAAAAAGUCACUUAUAACUUAUUAAGCUUUGGAAAAUUCAAAUACGAAAUAUGCACCAUGAGCUCACUCUGUGACUAUAAUAUAUACCUGUAUUUGAUUAUAAUCAUUCGGUAUGUGGAUAAAAAAUUCAGUUUACUCACAAGAAAAAUCGAUUUAUUGGCACGUGGGAUUUUUAAAAUUUUGUUUUAAUAUUAUACAAUAACUGGCGUUUAAUUAACGUUAGCUUUCGUUACUUAAAUCAAAACUGGUCGUCCGAUGAAUGUUAACAAUACUGCUAUGAUUCAGUGAAAUCGAAAUGUUAUAUUUGUAUUUAAUAACAAACACGUGUACCGUAAUAUUGUUCGAUGUUCAUAUACUGCAUAAUAAUAUGAUAUCAUCUGUACAUAAUAUAUAAUACGAAAAUGAUUGGAGUAUAUUAAUUCUUCGAUUUUAAAAGCGCACGAGUUUGAUAGUCGAAUAAUCAAUAAUAAAUGCCUGUGGAAGAAUAAUACCAAUAAUACCUUAAAAGGUCAAUUUUCAUAAUUUUAUUUAAAUCGAGCAAAACCAUUAUGAAUCUAUUUUUCUAAUGAUUACUCUUUUAGUUACCACCUCAAACAAAUUAAAAAAUGUCUAAACAUACUAAUAUAAUAGUUAUGAGGUUUUAGAUUCUCAGUGAAGCGAGGAAUGUAUUGGUUUUAUAAUGAUGUUGAAUUUUUAUUUUUAUCUGUAAACAACUUUUCUACCAGAAAUCUUGCUCCGAUAUAUAAGUGUAGCAGAUUUGUUUUAUCUUACGUACACGUAUAAAAGAAAAUUCGUUCCGAAUCGUUUUUCGUUAGCCAGGUUUUAUCGUUGCAUAUAGAUAUAAAUUUAAUUCCCCUCUAUUUUCUACCUUCUCGACUUAGUAAAAAGUGCUACACUUGAAAAUUUGAAAAUCGGAACAGCGUUUCUGGUAGAAAAGUUGCUCACAGAAUAAUAAUAAUAAUAAUAAUAAAAGGUCAUUGCACUCCUCGUUACACUUCAAAUCUAAAAAUAAUAAUGAUUUAAUUACCAUUAUGAUAUUUACGAAAAAUGACUUUGAAUGCUGCUGUACAGUAUAGAAAGAAAAAAAAAAUUAAAUCAACUCAUCGAUGUAGGGAUGGUCAAACGAUAGGGAGAUGUAUCUCUCGGGGACCUGUUCCCCUUCAAUAUUUAUAAUAAUGAUCAUUUCAGCUAUUAAACAUUUUUAAAAAUCAGCCUCAUCCCAUUGACAAAAUAAUUUGACCGCCACUGCCACAGCCGCACGCCAUGGCCGCAGCUUAAAGUGUACCUUCCCUUUAAUCAUUUGUAUUCGAUUUGUUUAAAAUAACACUAUGCACUGUAACGUCCGGCACACAGUGAAAUUGCACUUUAAGCCGUAAGAGUAUGUGUGACACGUAUUAUCAUGUUUUAAACAUAUUUUACACGUAACAGUUAUACAUAUGCAAUAUGACGUUGAGAAGUCGAAUUGUAAUGAGGUUUUUAUAUUUUAAUUACAGGUUUACUGACAUGGUCCGUAUUUGUGGCGGAGUUGAACGCGCUACGCGGGUCUGCCGUUGUACUUCAAGCGAGAGCGAAAGCGGACAAAAAAAUUUCGGUACGUUAAGUGUCUGUUUAAAAAUGUCGAGGUUGUAUGGUUAGUCGGAUACUUGCAGUAUAACGAAAAAUAACGCCAUCAAAAUCGCAUUUAAUGUGCCUAUUGUAAUAAUGAUAUAUGUCUAUACUCCGAAACGUAAUCGUUAUCUAUUCAAAAAAAAAAAAAAUAUAAUAAUAACACAAAAAAGACGUCCUUGUGAGCCACGAUAUUAUAAUUAUUUUAUACUUAUUAUUUCGUUCGAGUUAAACCAUCGAAUAGUAUUCUAUAAACAGAUUAUGAUUUUUUCCAGCGGCAAGUCAAACAUCGAUACAAUUUAAAUAUAUUAAAUGACAUACCUAAUAAAUGUGUAUACAUUUUUGAUACUUAGCGUAUACUCUUGCAUUUGAGUAGUCGAAUACUCUUGUGUUUGAAAUGAGUAUCUGUUGUGUAUAAUUACAUUUUCUCAACUCUUCUCGUUCACCUAAUUCGACACUAUACGCCUAUAAUAGUAUUUAGUGAGUAGUAGACAACCAUAAUUAUUAUUAUUCUUGUUCUUCGUGUUUCUAUAUAUACUAGCCGCUAUAUUUACAUUUUAAUUCUCACACGAAGUUACGAAGAUAUAAAAUAUACUAUUACUAAUCUUAUAAUUAAUAGCCUUCACCCAUUUCUUUUAAUACGGCCUAUCUCUUUUUCCGUUUCCCAACACGCCGAACCGUUCUAUACCUUUUUUCACAUUAUUAUUAUUUUAAUUCUCCUCGAUUCACUCUCGACACGUUCAACCAUCCCAGCUACAAAAGUAGCAAUAGAAAACUAUGAUAUUUCGUUACUCAAAUUGCCCCAGUAACUAGACUAGGUAAGCAGGUUGGUAGCUAUAGGUAUAUACAAAAUAGAGAACAAUGCAUAAUGAAACAUUUUUUAUUAAAUAGUGUUUUGAAAAAUUAUACAUAGUUUUGACAUUUUUAGCCUGCCUUUUUUUGGAGGGGGAUUUGGCGAUCAACUUUUUUAAUUCAAAAGGCAACCUACGUACAAAAUUCUAUAGAUAGAUGCAGUAUUUGUUCAAAUAAAUUUUGGUGUUAACAUUUUUGAUUUCCGUCUACCCGUUUACGAGUUAUUCCAAUUUUUAGUUGUGAUUGGGGAACAGUAGUGGAACACUGUGCAUCACAGAUGGAACGGUGGCGUGCGGCGUUUGAAUAUAUAUUUCAUUAUGCAUUUUUUUUUAUUUUGUAUAUUUAUAGGAGAAAAUUGCUGUAACAUAAAAUUCUGUACAUUCUGUAUACCAUAAUAUGUAAUCUGUAAUAAUCAUUUCUUAUUCCGUCUAACCGUUGGUAACUAUCUCAACGUAUCGAAACUCGCAACAACAACUAAAUUAUGAAUACAGAUGUCUAUAUUAAUUUUAUCGAAUAAAACAAAAAUUAAUUGUUACAUAAUCUUGACGAAUUUUAACCGCGUGUAGUUACCAUGUUGAAUGUACAACACAUUAUUUUAUAAUGUCAUUAAUUAUCCGUGAAGUUACUUAAAAAGAUAGUUAUUGUAAUAUUUCGGCUAUCUGUGUAUUAUUAUAUUUAUUAUUAGUUUAAAAUAUACAAUUAAUAAUAUAUUUAAAAAAACAAUCAGGAGUAACAGAGAUCAGUCAAAUUUUCCCCCAGCUGUUUUGUCACCGUUACAUUAUUUCAUUUUUUUUAGUUAUGAUUGCCAUAGUAUUAUUACAUUUUAUUCUGUAGACGUAUUUUAAAUAUUUCCUGUGAAAAUAUGAAAUUUGAGCAUAAAAAUGGUAAGGGAGUGAGUUGAAAAUCUCGAUAUUUACUACGGGAGGCGUUCAAAAUCCCGACAAAGUUAAAAUUUCAACAGACAAUAUCAUAAAAAAUUUCGCAGACCUGAUUAUUGGGAUCCCCUGAGAUUGUAUAGGUGAUCGCUUAAUUAUGAUCCUUAAAAUUAUACUGUUUAUCAAUUUAGAAAAAAAAUGUAAUUUAUACUAUUUUUAAAUUUAUAAUUAAUAUAAUAAAAUCAAUACAUUCAAUAACUUGUCACAAUAAAAACGAUUAAAGUACUUAUUUUAGAUAUAAAAAAAAAAUAAUACGAUUAUUACAAAGAAAGCCCCUUCAAUAUUAUACGGUAUGCGAUUGUCGGAAUUUUGACCAAUUCGGGAUUUUGACACGGACCCAUUUACUACCAUGCAAACAUAAAAUUUCCCCCUGAUUUCAUUUGAAGGAUCGGUAGGAGUGUACAAAUUUAAUUUAAAUUUAAAUAAUAUACGUGUAUAAUUUAUAUACGAGUAUAUGUACGUUUGUGUAUGCACAAACCCUCUGCAGGAUCAGGAUGAAGCGAUCGAAUUGGACGAAAAUGGAGAACAAAUUGAACUGAACGUGACUACUACCACCAAACCCACGUUGACGGGCAUACCGCAAAUAGACUACGUGCACGACCCGAACUUGCCCAGGGAACUGAACGGAUACAACCUAACGGACUAUCCGUUCCUCAAUUCAGUGCCCGAGGAGAUCGACUUCAAAUGCGAUGGGUUACACGAUGGGUUUUAUGCGAGCAUGCCUCACAAAUGUCAGGUAUAUAAAUCGACUUUACUUAAUAUUAUUAUUAUCGUACGAUUGGCCUGCAUAAGCAACGAUGGUCUACAAAUGCAUGGGAAGCUUUCUUACUGAAAAACUUUUUUUAUACGAAUUCAUCGUAUUAUCACCGUAUAUUAUUGUCUUGAAUGAUAUUAUAAACCGGUAUGGUUUUUAAUGCGUUAACGGCGAAGAAUCUUCUUCAUCAUUUGUCGACCAUUCUUGUCUUUAUCCUCCGCAUUUAUCGUCGUUUUUCCAUUUUCUAUCCACAUACCCCAGUACAUUACUUGUUGAACGCUGCUAAAUAUUAGUACCAAAAAGAUUUGACAGAAGUGUCAAAUUACACUUAUUUCAGACGAAUUGUGAUAGGGUUAAAAAAAAAUAAAUAGUCGAACUACACUUAGGUCAAAAAAGGUUUUCAACAGAAAUGUUUGAAACAAAUCUUAGUUAAAAAUGUCACUAAUUUCUCUUCACACUAAAAAUUUAAUCAAUGACGUAGUUAAAAAUUAGUAUAUUUAUAUAAUUAAAAAGCGGUCUUUGAAAUUUCAAAUUAUUACUAUUAUUAUUCAAUAGAAUUAUUUUGUUGAAAUCUGAAACAGAAAUGACUUUGUAUAAUAUAUUUAAUUUAAGUUGGAGAGUCGUGUACAAAAUAUUCCAAAGGUUGUAAGUAUGAACGUUUUUAAAACUAAGAGUUUUGAAGUUUUUAAGUUUUAAUUUUUUUUUUUAAAUAUCGCCUUUUUAACCUAAUUGCUAUUAGGCGAUUUUGAUUUAGAUAAAACUCGACUAUGCCCAGUAUCUCAGAAAAAAAAAUGUUCUCUGAGGCAUUGUGCACGUUAUACACAAUGUCUCAUGAAGAUAUGCCUAUUGUAAUAUCUCAGGAGAUAAUAAUAAUAAUUAAAUUCUGUUUUUUUUUUUAUAUAUAUAUUAUUCACAGAGACAAGGACUACAAAUAUUCUUAUUUCAUUUAAUUUUUAUGUUUUGGUAAAAACUUAAAAAAAAACUUUCUGAAAAUGUUGACGCAUUAACUUUUUAUUUUCAUUAAAUUCGUAAUUUUUAAUAUUUUUUUUUUAUGUUCAGAGAAAAAAAAUGUACAGUAAAUUUUCCAUAAUAGUUAUAACCAAUCAGCGAGUGCGAUUACAGUUUGCUGCAUAAUUAUAGGUAAAUUUCUCUGAACUUUAAAAAAAUAUUAAAAAUCACGAAUUUAAUGAAAACAAAAAGUUGAAACGUCAAUAUUUUUAAAAGAAUAAACUGUAUAAAAUGACUAUCUUUAAAUUUUUCAAAAAUAAUAAAAUAAAAAGUUAUUUUUUAAAGUUUUUUACUAAAACAUAAAUAUUUAAUUUAAUUAUAAACAUUUGUAGUCCUAAUUCCUGUGAGUAAUAUAAUCAGAAUUCGAUUAUCUUUAUUAUUUCCGGAUAUAUUGCAAUGCGUAUAUCUUCGUGGGACACACUGUAUAUUAUAAUAAUUGACCAGGUCUUGUAUAUUUUACAAUAUAAUGACAUUAUUGUGACGUGAUAUAAUGUAAUAAUAAUAUGACGACGGUACUUAUUACAGCUAUACCACCACUGCCUGUUCGGCACGAGGUUCGACUUCUUGUGCGCCAACUACACCGCUUUCGAUCAAAAAACGUUCAUUUGCCAUUUCGUGUCCCAGGUGGACUGCCCAAACUCGGCCAAGUACUACAACAGGUAAUGGUGACGACGAUUUCAUAAGGCGUAUAUAUUGUUAUAAUUUAUAAAACCGUUAACGCGAUGUCUGCUUUUGGGACAUCCGCUGUUUCACGUUCAAUAUUUAUUUUUUGUUUUACGCGUUUAUGUUUUAUAAUAGUUUCGGUUAUUGUUCGCAGCUACGGGUAAAAGAUGAGCGCGAGGCGACCUAACAAUAGAAAAAAAAAAAAAAAUUGAACUAUUUGGCGGAUUCUGUAUACACUAGUAGUAUAAUAUUAUAACAUUGUAUUAAAUACAAUGUACAUUGUAAACGAACGUGUUAUAAAAUUAUAUUAAAGUUACUCAAGUCUUAAGUACACGCGUAGGAAUACCGUAUAGAAUGUAUCGAUAUUCAGAAAUAUUAUCUGUCAGUGAGUUUCCUGCAUCAUAUUCCCGGAUACGAGUUUAAUAUUAGGUACCGACCUAGUACCUAUACAUAUUUUUAUUGAAAAUCUCGACUCAAUUGUGCAUUAGGUAUGUCAUUAAGAUUUUAGAAAACGUGCGACAUUCCGUAUUUAAUGGGUUGCGCAUAAACGAUCAACAAAAAUGUCUACGAUAAAUCGGUGUCCUCGGACAAAAAAGAAAUCAAAUUUUCACAACAAAACAAAGAUAACACGCACUGUACAAAGUUGGUUCUGAUUUUUCGGUAUCAUUAUUCCGAAAUAAUUUAUUCGAAUUUUUACUCUUAUUAUUCUCGCUUUCAAGUACGCCCCCCUUAUAAAAGAUCCAACAUCGUUUUUUCAUCUAUACUCCGCAUAUCCUCCAAUUGCGUUUAAACUUUAGUAAAUCUCUUCUCAUUUUUACUUUAAUUCUAUUUGUAUACAUUUUCAUCUGUUUUAUUCAAUGUUCAGCGCGUACCGAAAUAUUAUCAAAUCACUACAGGCCUCACAAGUAGCAACUGCGGAUUUAUCAAGUGUCUCCUUUUAUCCUUAUAGUUCUAAUAAUGUUGUAAACAUUUACAAAAAUAUUUUCGGUUUUUUUCCCCCCGUUCCAAUUCAAAUAACCGAAUAAUGCAAUUUCGCAGAAACGAAGCGCUUUAUAAAGCCGCUGAAACGACGACACUUUCGACGACCACCACUUCCACGUCAACGACUCCAUCGCCUCCACCGCCUCAACAACAGCAACAACAGCAGCAGCAGCAGCAGCAACAGUCGUUUUAUCCGCAGUACCAGCAGCAGCCGCAACAGCAGCAGAUGCUAUAUGACGGGCGCAGGGCUAUGCCGCCGGGAUUCGCACAGGGAUUCGCGCAGGGCCGGAAACGCAGGCCCACUUACCGUAGGCGCAGACCAGUGUACGAGUAUUAUUACGUAGACGACUAUGACGACCAACAGGAUUACUAUGACGAGAGCGUCGAGCACGUGCCCGUAGCCAAAAAACCGGCCAGGAAACAUUCCAGGCUCAACAGUGAGUAGAUAGUGCCGAAUCUCACCACCUGUCCCGGUCUCGGGCCUAAUUUUAUACAACACAUUUCCCGGUCUCACAUUCCCGGAUGUGUAUUUAUAGACGUACUUAAUACGUAUUCAUUGUCUGGUAUGACUACGGCAAAAACAAGAAAGUAUUUCUUAUCAGUGCUCCGUAGACAGCAGGCCGUGAGACUGUUAUAACAGUUGUCUAUUUCAAUCCUUUUUGUCAUUAAUUAAAAUAAUAUAACGAAAAGCCAGCUGUAAUCAGAGGGGGGGGGAGGAAUUACCGAAUAAAUUAUUUAAUUAUGAAAAUACUAAUCCAAAAAAAAAACAAAAAAAAACAAACGUAUUCAGAAUAUGCCAGGGUGUUGAAACGGGUUUGAAAUCGGUUUUGAAAACCAGGUAACCCGGAAAAAGCGGUUCCGGUUUCGAACCCGUUUUUAACUCCCCGGACAUAUGUAUUCGAGUAUUUUUUCACCGAAAUUUCUAGUGCAGUAUUAAAAUACAAACGAAUUGCUACUAAAAUACUUAUUCGAAUACUUUUACAAGACUGAAUGUAAUAAUAAAUUGAUUAUCCAGUGGCUGCGGCAUAAUAACAAUUAAAAACCAUCGCGGAUGCGUCGAAAUAAUAUCAUAAUAACAUUGUUAUUCGUCGGUUGUGUAACACGAACGACAUUACAUAUUUUAUUGUGCCAGCCGUCAUUGUCGAGCAUGUCCAAUGAGCUGUUUUUAAUCGAUACAUUAGUUUUUAAACGCAUUAGUAAAUCGAAUACCGUGCGGCGUGUACACCGUAAUACUAUUGUCGGUAAACACGAGCUCGCCGUGAAUGUUUUAUUAAUUUUUAAAUCGAAUUUUUUUUUUUUUUACAUUUUCGAUCAUUUUCUAUCAUUAGUUGUGUACUCAUAAACAACACGUACCUCUCGCCGAAAACCAAUUAUUGAUGAAUUCAUAAUAUUAUAUUCGAAUGCUUUUGUCUUUUAGAAAGUAUUUUGUACUGUUCAUGUGUAUUAUGAACAAUAACAAUAAUAAUAAUAAUAACAAAUAGUUUUCUUCCGUAAGUUUCGACUGCUGACCGGCUAAGGAUUCCAUUCAUAAACCGUAAUCCCUGUAUUAUUACACUAACGCAUAAAGUCGUGUUAAUGUCGUUACCAUUAUUAUACGCUCGGGUGUUUUUGACUCAGUCAUUAUUUUACUACUCCUAACGUAAUAAAUUCGUUGAAAAACAAUAAUUUCUUUUCAAUUAUUUUAUACUAUUCGUAUUUGUUUUUUUUCCUCGUCAGUACAAAUUUCACACUUGCCCCAUCACCGUAUUUUGUUACCACAGUUGUACGGACCAAAACAAAUUUAUGUUUCUAUUUUUCGCUGGCGUAUCUUUAUAAUUUACUUGUGCAAUCAAACACCAUCGAAUCUUAUUUCACGAAAUCAAAUUUUCAGUUCGCGAGCAGUGAUUUUAGGAGCAUAAAAAAAUUUAAAUGUACCUAUUUCAAUUUUUUUACGGGUUUGAUUUUCGCUGAACAAAAAAAGGCAUGACGGGACAUCAUCAGUAUGCAAUAAGGAACAAAUAAGGUCGUACACAAUUACAAAAUGUUGGUAAAUCGUCUACCUGAAUUUACCUACCCUUGAAAAUAUUUAUAAGGAAAUAGAAUUGUUAAUGCAAAUCUAAACAGUAUAAUAAAAUAAUAAUAGUAAAUUUUCUUGAGGUAAAUUUUUUUUUUAUCCAAUAUUUUGCAUUUCGCCAGUAAUGACAUUAUCUAUAUUGAUUUUCUUCAUAUUAACCCUGUAGAACCUUAUUUGUUUAUAUCUACAUUCUGAUGAAUUGCCUUCAUGCUAUUUUUUGUUUAGCAAUAAUUUAACCCGUAAAAACAAUAAAAUACACAUAAAUUGCGUUAUUUAAAAUAUAAAAAAAAACUCCGCGAACUAGAAUUUUUUUUUUAAAUUUCUUUUUCUCCGUGAAACUACGUUCGAUGAUAUUGUUACACCUUUAUAGAAAUAUACGCCCUCGUCAAUAGUAGCGUAUAUAUUUUAUCAUAAGUAUAGUAUAUUCCCCGAGAGAUGUAGUUGGGAUGUAGAAGAAAGUUGGGACGAAAGGGAAGGAAAAGAUAUAUUCCCGAUCUUCCCGUCUAUGGUUUUUCCAAUACCAAUACAUUAUUUUAUUAUUUUCUUUUUUAUACUUCAAUAUCCGACUGUAAACGAUUGUAUUAACUUUGUAGGAUCUACAGAGUGUCAAUCCGAUUUUUACGGUUCAAACCCCAAUCACGUCCUAAUUUUAAUCGGUUUUGGUCAUUUCAGAUUACAAACCGACCGACCUUGAUGUCGAUUACCCGGAGAGUAGUUCCGAAUCGGACCGAGCGCCAAGCGGCAAUUUCAAGCACAGGGACAGGGGGGCGGCCGCCGGACACCAGCAGCAGCAGCAACAGCAGCAGCAGCAACAGGAACAACAGCAACAGCAACAGACAGUCGUGACGAAGAACGUGUCCAAUCAAAUAACGUCGGUGUACGAUAAGCCGAGAGCUCCGCCCAAGAUCCGCCGACCUGUGCCAAUCAACGAACGGGAUCGGUACGAUUACACGUCCGCCUCGAAGACGGGUCAACAGUCUCCGGCAGCUCCGGUUGCCGCGGCUGCUCCGACAACGACCACGACCACUACUACGACUACGACCGAAGCCCCGUCGACAAAGGCCGCCGCAACCGUGUCCAAGAGCAAAGAGCCACCGCGGCCGGUGACGGAAGAAGUGAUAGAGUAUUACGAUGACGAUGAACUCGAAGAAGAGUACGUAGCCGAACCGCAAGUGCCCUCCGUCAAGCCCGCCGUGUUGAAACCCGAGCCGAUCAAACCAGCCAAGGCGGCUGCUAGGACAACCGUAGUGGUUGAUUACGACUCGCCAGAUCGCAACAGGCGGCCACCGGCCGCGGCCGCUGGGGCAGCCCGGUCCAAGGUCAACAGGGGGCCUGUGCAGGUACCACAGUCGCAACCACAGCCCGUACAGGCAGUUGUUGCACGCAAGAAACCUACGACCGCGGCACCGGUGGAUCAAGGCGUGAUUGUGGCAGACGAAUACGAAGACGAGCUGCCGGCUGCGGCUACGCGCCAAUCCAUCGCCGCGGCCACGAAACAGCGGGCAUCCGGACCGUUCUUGGUGAGGCCCGCGAAACCGGCCAAAGCCAAGUCACAACCGCCUGCAGCCGUUGCAGUAGACGACGUCCAGGAAGACGAAGAAGAACCGGUCAUUUACAAACAACAGCCGGCAAGGCAGGCUCAGAGAGUCAGCGUCAGGCAAGUAAUGGCUCCGUCGCACAGGCACAGGUCGCCGCAGCUGCAGCAGUCCGCCGCGGACCAUCCGCACACGCAAUACAACAACAACAACAAACAAGUCAGGGCGGCAGCGUCCGCAAACAGCAGGAGGCCCGCGCGGCCCGUCUACGAGUACGCCGACGAGUACUACGACGAAUAACAACGGCGUAGCGUAUCUGCGCCUAUACCGGCGGACAAUAAAUUCGGGUUAGUCGGCCUGACCUAUAACCCGGCGCGACGGACGCCGUACGAUAUCAAUGCAGGUGUAUUAUACCGGCGUUCCGGCGCCCGGGCGAUUGCCGUCGGUCACAACGGAAUAAAAGCUCAUGUGUAAUAUUAUUAUUUUUAUUAUUAUUAUUAUUAUUAUUAUUAUUAUUAUUAUUAUGAUUAUGAUUAUAAUUAUCAUUAUUAUCAUUAUUAUUAUGAUUAUCAUCAGUGCGUCGGAACACGCGUUAUUAUCUACGUAAAAACGAAUUUUAAUUAUUAUUAUUUUAUUAUAUAGUACGUAAUACGGUAAUGCGCGACAUUAAACAUACGAUUUUGUGUAAUAAAAAAAAAUAUAUAUAACAUUUAAUUUUUA